GGUGGGAAUGGUGGCAGUGCGAGCACUGGAGAACACGUCGGGGGCCUCGACGGGCCGGUAGUAUCGAACCGGCGGCCGUCGCGCGCGGCCACCGUAUACAUUCCAUAUCCGAGCGUUCCAUGUGCGCGCGCUCUCUGUAUAUACAUACAUGCAAUAGUCUCUCUCUCUCUCUCUCUUUCUCUCUCCCCUUCUCUCUCACAUAGACACACACACGACACACACGCGCAUUUACACAGUGCCGGCGCGCACGCCGACGCUCCGACGCGAGCUAUAGCGUAGGUACGUACUCCGUUGGCGUGGCUGCUGACGGAGGGUGGCUCGGCUCGAGCUGCGUUCCCGAGGGUGCAGCUCGUCGAUCCGGUUGAUGAUCCGGUCAACCGUCGCUCGUCGUCGUCUUCGUCGUCGUCAUCGUCGUCAUCGUGCGCUCCGGUCGAUGGUCACCGGGAGAUCGGACAGGUGUCGUCGGCGUGACGUCGUGGUAUAUAUACGCGCGCCUCCGGUGUAUGGGGUGUGGUGUCGGCGGGGCAGGUGUCGUGCUUAGGGCGUGAAACCGCAAGCGAGAGGAAAGAGGGAAAGGCAGGACGCGCGGGCAAGACGAGCCGUGUCUUGCGAGGAAGUGCCGGCUGCUGAUCCUGGGAAUUGGAUGACGAUGAAGUAGCAACGAGCCACUCCUCGUUGCCAUGUCACGGGCAACUCCACCCAGAGGCAGUCCGACCCCGCCGAGGGUGGACAGUCCUGGGGGUGGCAGUCCGAGGACGCCACGUGGUGGUCGGCUGCGGGACCGGGUGAGCUUCUACGAGCAGGUCUGGUCGACCGGGCGUAGCCCGAGCGCCGAGGACCUCCUGGAGGACAGCGAUGCGCGCAGGUCGUCCUUCCGCUCGCCGACGCACCGGCGGCCCUCCUCCAGGGCGAGCGACUCCUCGUUCGAGGAGAGUUUCGAGAGACUGGUGGAGGAGGGCGAGUUGAACGGCGCCAAGAUGGUGAAGUUCGAGAAGAUCACCGUGAGGAAGAGCGUGCGGGAGAUCGGCUCGAGCGCGAGCAACGGCGAGCCGCCCGUGCUGAUGGUUCAGCAGCGCCCCGUGGGCGUCUUCACGGAGUCCAGCAGGACUCCGAGCGAGGAGCACGCCCUCGAGGACUCGGCUUAUCAGAGUCACAGCCACGGGGUACACAGCCACGGCAGCAAGUCCAGCUCGGUCACGUCGUUCACGCGAUUCCCCUCGGAGGAGAGCCUGUCGCAGCGCAGAUGCAGCAGCCCUCGCCAGCAGCUCGGCCAGCCAGACGACCGGCCACCUUCGGAAUGGUACGCGGAGUACCGCAGCCAGAGCUUCCAGAAUGUCGCCGCGAGGAUGGACUAUGUGCGCAGCCGGAGCGAAUACGACGCACACAUAGCCGAGAUCAAAGACGAGCAGGAACGCGUGCAGAAGAAAACUUUCGUCAACUGGAUCAACUCCUACCUGUCGAAGAGAGUCCCGCCGCUCCGGGUCGACGACUUGAUCGAGGAUCUGAAAGACGGUACGCGCCUCCUCGCGCUGCUGGAGGUUCUUUCGGGGGAGAAACUGCCGGUGGAGAGGGGCCGUAACCUAAAGAGACCGCAUUUCCUCAGUAACGCCAACACUGCGCUGCAAUUUUUACAGAGCAAGAAAAUCAAACUGGUGAACAUCAACUCUUCCGACUUGGUCGACGGCCGGCCACCGGUGGUGCUGGGCCUGAUAUGGACCAUCAUCUUGUACUUCCAGCUACGGUCGAAGGAUCGCAAGCGGAUCGAGGAGAACACGAGGGCCCUCGAGUACCUCGGUCAGACCUGGGGCAGCCAGAGCAGCCUCGAGAGCCUCGGCACUCAGGGCUCGGCGGCGAGCGAGAGGAGACGCAUCAGCAGCGAGAAGUGGAAGCAGGGUGCGCGAAAGACCCUGCUGCAGUGGGUCACCAACGCCUUGCCCAAGGACCAAGGUAUCCAAGUUCGAGACUUCGGCGAGAGUUGGAGAGACGGAAAUGCCUUCUUGGCUAUCAUCGACGCCAUCAAGGCCAACUUGGUGAGCAUAGCUGCCAUGAGAGAAGCGUCCAACAGAGCUCGCCUGGAGACGGCCUUCCAAAUCGCCGAGGUCGAGCUGGGCAUCGCGCGGCUCUUGGACCCCGAGGACGUGGACGUGCCGCAGCCCGAUGAGAAAUCGAUCAUGACUUACGUCGCUCAGUUCUUGCACAAGUAUCCGGAGCCGGGCAACACGGCUCCAGAUUCGUUCGCGGCCAUACAGGAGGAAUACGACGGGCUGUUGAACUGGCUGAGGGAGAGAGUUAGGCAUCUCGAGCAACUCGACAGAAGUAACGCCUUCCCGCCGAGUUAUCCGGAAUACAUGCUCUUCAGGGCGGAAACUGACGAGAAAUCAAUUAUAUACAAGAAGAUGCAAGGUUUGGUCGAUACGCCCAGCAUGAUAAGCAUCACACGAGAUUCUUGGAGACACAUACAAACGUUGUGGCAACAAAUGGAACUCCUCAUGCUACACUGGCUCUGGUUGCUGGACUCCGCAUUACCGGGCGAAUUGGGAGAAGCUGGUAGAUGGUUGGCGAGAGCCGAAGCUCUCUUGCACUCGGACAACGACAUACCGGAGGAGAUGACGGAGGGAACGGCGAAUAUAAUCUCGAACAAGCUGGAGGAUCACAAGAAGUUCUUCCUUGACCUGCCGGCCGUGGCGGAGAAAUUCCAACAACUCGCCAAAAACUCGCCGCUGGCCCGACAAGUUCAACCUGAACAACUGCAGAGCAUGUCCGCGCGCUUCGACAGAUUGCCCGACCGCGCCGCCAAGCGAAGAGUGAAGCUCAAGUUCUUGGAGCACAAAUGCUGCCUGGUCGCUUUCCUGUAUCUCGUAGAGACCAAGCUGAAAGGCUGGAACGUUAAAUACGGCACGGAGGAGAAGGUGCACCAGAUGCUGGAGCAGUAUCGCAACUUCGUCUCGCGAAACAGAAUAUUCCAGGAGUUCCAGAAGGCCUACCUGGACAUGCAGCAAGUCGCCGAUGAGUACAAGCGCGACGGUGAUGUUGACCGAGAGGAGAGCCUCAGUAUCGAUCGCUUCAUGCGAGAGACAGCCGAGAAGUGGAAGAACGUGUCGAUGGACCUGCGCUGCACCCAGAGCAUGCUCGAGGAAGUGGUGGCUUAUUGGCGUCGUUGGACCAUCGUGUCGGACGAGUUCGAGGCGUGGUUGUUGCGCGCCGAACCUGCUCUAAAUCUUCCAGAGGAUGAGCGGAUGGAAUUCUUCCAGGAUAUCAGCGUGUGGAAAGACAAGCAUCAGCAGUUGUCGGACACCGUGAGCUUCUUGAUAGCCACGUCCGACGAAUCGGUGGCGUUCCGCUUGAAAGAGCGUUACACGAACUUGACAUCCAGAUGGGAGCGACUCUUCCAGGAGGCGAAGCAGUACAUGCACGCGGGCGAUCUGAUACGAACGAGGAAGGAUUACAAGGCGGGGGUGGAGAAUCUUCAUACUUGGCUGAGGAAUGCAGAGGCUGCCUUGGCGACUACCGGACUCAGCUCGACCGAACGGAUCAAGGCUUACGGGGAAAAAUUGCAGACUCUUCACAACGAGGUCGAGGAUAUCGAGGAUCUCUUCAAGAAUAUCAGCAAGAAGUUCCAGACUCUCAUUCAAGAUUUAUCGCGCGACGAGGUGGACAAGAUGAUGAACACUUUGAAGAAGGAGAAAGAGGCCCUCGUCAAGGUGCGUGCCUUAAUACCCAUGCAGCUGCACUUGUAUCACCAGUUGUUGGUGCAGCAAGAGUCCUUGGAAGCCGGCCAGAAGGAAAUAUCCGCGUGGUUGGACGAAGCCGAGAACUUCUUGGCCAGUAUCAACCUCGCUGGCGGCAGGGACGCCGCACUGGCUCAGUUGGACCGCCACAAGGCCUUCUUCUCGAGAACGCUCUACUACAAAUCCAUGCUGGAGUCCAAGAACAAGGUGUUCUCCAGCAUCGUCAAGGCCGUUGACAGUCACGCCGACGUGGAGACAGCCGAAGGCGGCGAUACUCUGAGGAAGCUCAACGAUCGCUUCAUCGAGGUGUCCCAGGCGGCGCAGAUCUGGGAGCAACGGCUGCAAGAGUCCGUGCGACGUUGGACAAGGUUCAAGGAGUGCGAGAGACAAAUCUCAGAGUGGCUGUCGGUCGCGGAGACGAUGAUCAACGAUAAGCACACCGACAACCGCCAGUCCGUCGAGUAUCACAAGAAUUUCUUCGGCAAGGUGAACGAGAAGUGGAUACAGGAUCUCGUAAAGGCUGGUCAAGAUCUGCGCAACGUGUUGCCGGUCGAGCAGCAGCUCUCCAUUGCCAACGCAGUGGAGGCUCUGCAGAAUCGCUGGAAAGAGGUCCUCACAUUCGCUCCGCUUCAUCUGAUGAGACUCGAGUUUCGCCUGGACGAAGCCAGCUUCCUUCAGUAUCUCAAGGAGAUCGAGAUGGAGAUCAGUGCGGAGCAACAGGCGCUGGUCAACAAUGACGACGUGGACAGUAUUCAGCAGCGCAUCCAAGAGUUCUUCCUUAACCGCAGCUCGAAGGUCCUCGAGAUCGAGCGCUGCCUGCAGACCUUGAAGAAGAUCAGCGACGCCUACGGCAAACUCAAGCCGAGUGACCCCAGCCUCGCCGAUGCCACGCAAAACGCCGAACGUCUGUGGGAAGCGACCGCGCAGAAGGUGGAGAACCUGAGGAAGAAGUUGCGUGAGGCCCAGCAACAGUGGGCUGCCUACAGACAGAAAUUCGACGAAAUGGUGCAUUGGAUGGAUCACGUGGACAACAUCUUGAGGACCAUCUUGCGCGAGGUGAACACUCUGGAGGAAUUCGAGAAGGAGAAAGCCAUAUUCCAGCUCCAGACCUUGACGAAAAUCUGCCGCGAGGCCGACAGCAAGCGCGAAGAGAUGAAGUGGUUGGUACAAACCCUCGACAACCUGACGCUCAACCGUUCGGACCGCGAGGCUCUCACGGCUCAGCAGAACUUGGAACAGCUGAUAACGCGGUAUAAGAACCUGAUACCGACGAUCGAGAUCACUAUGACGAAGACGGACAUCUAUUCGAAGAGUUACACCUACCGGAAGGAGGUACGCGAGGUCUGCACUUUGUUGCGCAAGGUUCGCGAGCAGUCGAAGAUCGAGAUCGCGCCCGAGGUGCCCGAGAAGCUGCAGAGCGCAGUGGCUCACCAGGAAUCGCGUCUCAAUCAGUUGGAACAGCAGCGAGCAACAAUCGUCAGCAUGCUGCAGCGCGGCAAAGACCUCCUGAAGGACCAACACGCACCGCCCUUCGUCUCGUCCGAGGUCCAGCAGCUAGAGGCCAACUGGAACGACACGUACGGCCAGAGUAUGGAGGCGCUCAAGUCCCUGAAGGACUCGCAGAAGCUGUGGAGUACUUAUCAAGAGCAGAAGGACGAGAUUCUGAGAUUGAUCGGGCAAGCCGAGAGAGAACUGCGGCAAAUUGAGUCGACCUCUUAUUACGACGCCACCCAAGUGACCUCCGACCUGCAGAAGAAGCAGGAGUUUAGCGCGAAUCUGAGAAAGUCAGCGGAGGAGAUGAUGAGGAAACUGCGCGAGACGCAUACGAAUCUCCUGCAGGCGCUGACACCUCCGAGCAAGAAAGAGAUUUUGGAGAAGGAGGUGACGGAAACCGAGGAAAGGAUGGAGCGCACGCUGAAGAUCGUACGCGAGAAGGUGGUUUAUCUUCAGGAGCACAGUACUCGAUGGAACAAGUUCCACUCGAAGCUGGUGGAGCUCCGAUCUUGGAUUCAGCAAGCCGCGCCUCAAUCGAUCGCGGAUAUAGAGGACUCCACGGCCUCGCCGGAGGAAAGAGUUCGCAAGACGGAGAAUCUGCAGAAGGAGAUCAAAGAGAAGGUGUCGAUAUUGAACGUCUUGGAGGACGAGUCUCGGAAACUCGUGAAAGAAGACAGCGUCGACGCGCCGGCGAAGCAGCUUCGCGCCGACAUCGAGAACCUCCGCAAGGCGGUGGAGUCAUUGAACAAGAGCAUAGUGGUGCAACGUGAACUGGCCACGCAGAACCUCGCCACGUGGAAGGAAUACGAGGACGGUAUCCAGAAGAUAAAGCCUUGGAUCGAGCAAGCGGAGUCUAAAGCAGCCACAAUGGGCAGCAAGCCCGCGAGCCUGGCCCAGGCCACGCAAAUGCUGGAGUCAGCCAGGGCCUUUGAGGUUCAGUGCCAACAGUAUCUUCCUAAAGUGCAGAGUCUGUCGACGAUCAGCCAGCAAAUCAGCGGACGAACGGUGGCGCCUGACGAGGUCGACGCCGUGCAUACGCGGUGGAACGCUGUUCACGACGUGGCGAUGCAGACGACGAGCAAGCUGGACAAGUUAGUCUCGUCGUGGAACACCUUCGAGUCGGAGGCGAAGGAGUUCAACGAGUGGCUGCGGGACAGCGAGAGGCAGGCUCUGAAGGAGCCCAACGUGCAGACGCCCGAAGCCGCCAAGUUGGAGAAAGAGUUGGCGCAGUUGAAGGAGUUCAACAAGAGCAUAUCCGACCACCAGGCGCAGUUGAUAUCGCUGACCCAAGUCUCCGAUCACAUCAGCCACGGUCUGUCGUUGGACGGCGCGUCCACGCUGAAGACUCGCGUCGCUGAAAUGAAAACUAGAGUGAGCAAACUCGCGGACACGGUGCGACACCACAUCAACCGCGUGUCCGACUCGUUGCUGGCGCGACAAGAGUUCCAGAUGAAGAUCGCCGACUUCGAGAACUGGAUGACGCGACUGAGGUCCAACAUCAACGAGAUCGGCGACGUGAGUGUGGACAACGUCGACGCUAACCUGCAAACGGUGCACGCUUAUCUUCAGGAACACUCGGAGAAGCAAGCGGCGUUCACUGCGAUCUACGACGAAGUGAAGCAGUUGUCGUCGCGAGGUUCGGUGCUGGAGGCAGCGGCCUUGGACGAGACUUACAUGUUCCUGGCGAAGAAGUACAAAGCGCUCGAGGACGACCUGAGAGAGAAGAAGAGGGGUUUGGAGAAGUGGAUCGAGCUUCUCAGCUGGCACAACGAGGCCAAUGCGCAAUUGAAUCACUGCAAGUACGAAGCCGAGGCCAGGAAACCGACUAUCGCUGACCUCGAUAGGCUGUCGUCGGAGCUUCAAACAGUGUACACGAAGAUCAACACGUGGAAGGAGCAUGUGCCGCUGAUGGACAGCACUCUGGGCAUACACGUUCGCGACAAGCAAGAGCGACCGGUCACCGCGACCACUUUGCUGAGCGACCUCGAGUCCAAGGCCGCGGUGCUGAAGACCGAGUUGUCCGCCAAGCGCGACAAGCUGGAGAAUCUGGGCGCCAAGUGGGACAAUUUCCGGAAAUUGCAGCAGAAGAUCACGGAGGAGAUUGUCGCUACUCAAACGAGCCUGCAGGAUAUCACUUACGGGGUGGAUACAUGCGAGAAACUCGCUCCAGCGAUCGAGAAGAUCGACGACCUGAUCGAAGAUCACCAGAGACGAGAACCGGAGAAGGAGCUUCUUCAUCGGGAAGGCGACAACUUGAUGAAGGAGGACCAACGCGCGAUCACCAACAUUCAGGUGGUGGUCUCUUCGGUGGACGGCAACUGGGAGAAGGUGAACGAGCUGCUGAAAGAGCAGAGGAAGAAGUACGCUGAAAUGGACGCCGACUGGAAACAAUAUCAGGAGGCCCGAGAAAAGUUGAACAAGUUCAUCGACGAGGCGAAGACUCUCUGCCAGUCGGUGAAGGACGUGCCGACUGACAUCACCCAGGCGAACGUGACUCUGGAGAAACACAAGAGAGCCUCGGACAUCCUGAAGAGGAGCAAACAGUUUUUGGACAGGAUGGACGCCAAGGCGCAGCAGUUGGCGAAGGAGGCGUCGUUGAUGCCGAACUUCAAGACGAGUCUCAUCGAGUCCGAUCUGUCCGACGUGAGGAAGAAGUACCACGAGAUCCACGCCAAGAUAAUCGACCGCACUCAAAUCUACGAGACGCAGGUGAUCAUCUGGAAGCAGAUAGAGGAGGUGAAGUACGAGCUGACGAGGUGGCUGAGCGAUACGAAUCAAGCGCUCACCACGGCUUGCGAGCGUUUGCUCGACGCUGAGAACGGGCAGGCAAGAUUGGCCAGGUAUCGCGAGGAAUUGCCGGUGCAUCAGCAGCUUCGUCAGGGUAUCGCCACGAAAACGGAGCAGCUGUUGAAGCUGAACGACGUCGCGGACAUACCGACCCUGAGAUCCCUCAAUAAUCUCUUGGACGAUCAGUUUAAGCUCGUGAAAGAAGCCGCGGACAAGCUCGCCUCGCUCACGUCCACUUUCAACGAGAAGGAGAAAGGCGUCAGGCAAGACCUGAAGAAGUGCAGCGACGCGAUAUCGAAGAUCCGCGAGGAGAUGAUCAAGUGCGACGACCUGACUGGCGAGAACACGAAGAUCCUGCGUCGCAUCAACAAGUGCCAGGAGCUGAAGACCGAGCUGGAAAAGUGCGACCAUGCGUUGUCGGAGAUCGACGAGAAGCUGACAGACAUGGCGUCGGAAUACCCGACAGUAUCGAAGUCGAGCUUGCCGAAGGAGCUACAAGCGUUGCAGCUCCGCAGAAGCGGCGUCGCCGGUUACGCGGAAAAGGUGAUCGCUACGCUGGUGGCCUUCCUCAGCAAGCUCUACCACGAGAAAUUCGGCGCUCUGCAACGCAUGGUGGCGACGCACAAGGAGAAGGUGGCCUGGUGCGAACCGGAGCAGAGCAGCGAUCGCUACAACCUCGAGGUGAAGAUGGCCUCCUUGGCCGACGUGGAGGCCGGCAUCGCCGAUUGCUGCGCCCGGAUACACGACACCGACAACUCGCUGCAGCUCCUGAGCACCGUCGAGAGCACCGAGACGAUCGAGGCUCUGCGAAGCGAACGCGACAAGCUCGCGGACGACCUGGAAUCCUUGAGCGCCAGUUACCGGAAGAUCAAGCACGUGCUGGAGCAGAACAUCGCUCUGUGGCAACGAUAUGAGCUCACGUCGGAGAACGUGGUCGCCUGGCUGAAGGAGAACGAGAGCAAGAUCCGCGCGGAGGCCACGACGCUUCUUAACCCGGACGAGAUCGAGGCGAAGAUCGCCGAGAUGGAGCAGCUCGGGAAGCAGGUGAAAGACUACGACAGCGAGAUGAGGGAUUUGAUCGCGCUCGGUGAGGAGAUCACCAGAGUCAGUCCGGAGUCGCGGGUGGUCCAGUACGUCGGCCACCUGAACACGCGUUACCAGUCCGUGCUCAAGUUCCUGGCUCAGCACCUCGAUCGUCUCCGAGAGCUGCAGCAGAUCAGGUCUCAGUACGUCGCCAACGUGAAUGAGCUGGAGGCCUGGCUGCAGAAUGCGGAACAGAAGCUGAAGAUCUUCGACGAGAUAAGCGGCCCGAAGCCGAUGACCUUCUACCAGUCCCGGCUGAAGGAGCUGAAGGCCUUCGGGGAGGAGCGCGAGACCGGCCAAGCGAUCUUGAACCGCACCGCGGAGACGGGUGAGACGCUCUUCGCGCGAAUCACACCGGAUCACAGGGAAGUCAUCAGAGGCGAGCUGAAGAACCUGCGGAACCGCGUGGAAGCCUUGGCCGACCGCGCGAACAUCAUCUACAAGAAGAUCGAGAGCGACAUGAUGCACCGGUCGUCCUUCGAGGACAAGUAUUCGCAGGUGAAGCAGUGGGUGAUCGAAGCACGGAAGAAGCUGGGAGACAAGCAGGAUCUGCUACCGACGCUGCAGGAGAAGAAGCUCGCGCUCCACAUGUACAAGGCCAUCGCGCAGGACGUCGGGGUUCACCGGAACAUCCUGCAGCAACUUCAAGAGAGACUCGGGACGACGCCGGACGACGAGGCCAGCGAGAUGCUGAACAGCGUGAUCCAAGCGCAUGAGAAACUGUCGGAAGACGUGGAGGACAGAAUCAGCGUGGCCGAGAAGCACGUCGCCAAUCACGAGGCGUACCUGCAGACGUUUGAGAAGACACAAGACUGGAUCAACACGGUGGUGAACGAGGCGGUGGCGAUCAGCGAGGACCUCUCGAUCGACCGGGACACGGCCAAAGCCAAGAUCGCCUUGAUCGAGAACGUGCUUCAGCAGAGAGCCGAGGGCGAGAGGAUCUUGGAGGACUGCAAUCAGCAACUGAACAUCAUUCUCGAGCAAACGUCUAUAGCGGGCCACCCGGCGCUGCUGAAGGGCUUCGGGCAGCAGAAGAAGCUCUGGGAGGACUUCCUGCAGCGAUGCGUCGCUAGCAGAAACCGGCUGAACCGCCUGUUCGACGAAUGGUCCGAGUUCGAGAAGCUCGUAGAGAGUCUGGAGUCUUGGAUCAAGCAGAUCGAGACGCAGGUAAAGGAUCAGAGCCUGAAGAGCACCGAGGAGACGAAACGCGCACACUUGCAGAAGCUCAAGUCCCUCGAGGAGACGAUCGUGGCGAAAGGAGCAGAGUUCAACGCGGCGGUCGAGAAGAGUCAAGGUGUGGAGUCCGACUUGGCUGCCAGGGUGUCCCGCCAGGCUACCAAGUAUCAAGCGAUCAGGAAUCAGGCGAAAGAGGCGGUGGCGAGAUACGAGCAGUUCGUGAAGGAGCACAGCCUGUUCAACGAGAGGUACAACCAAUUCUUGGACUGGAUCACCGAGAUCCAGGCCGAGCUGAGGAAGUACAGCGAGAUCGUCGGCGACCUCACCGUGCUGCAGAGCCGGCAGAAGCACAUCAGGGAUCUGGGCGACGUGAGGACGCGCGAGAACGCUCGCUUCGAGUCCGUCAUCGACCUCGGCGAGAAGCUGUACGUGCACACCUCGCCGGAGGGCAGGGAGAUAGUCCGGCAGCAGCUGAGAAACUUACGCGCUCUGUGGGACGGCUUCUCCGAGGACCUGCAAAGCUCGACGCAGAAGCUGGAUCAGUGCCUGAUGCAGUUCGCGGAGUUCUCCUUGUCGCAAGAGCAGUUGACCGCUUGGCUGCGAGACGUGGAACGCGCGAUGCACCAGCACACCGAGCUCAAGUGCUCCCUGGAGGAGAAACGGGCGCAGCUGCAGAAUCACAAGAUCAUGCAUCAGGAGAUCAUGUCGCACCAGACGUUGGUCGAGUCAGUCUGCGACAAGGCGCAGCAGCUGGUUGACCAGACCAAGGACACCUCCUUGAACGUCUACCUGCAGUCCAUCAAGCAGCUCUUCCAGAACAUCGUCGCCAAGUCGCGGGACUUGCUGGAGAACUUGGAGGACUGCUGCGAGAAGCAUCACCGCUUCAACCUUCAGUGCAAGUGCUUCUCCGACUGGCUGCACGGAGAACGCGGCAAGCUAGCUGAGCACAACGACGUGACGGGCGAAAGAUCCGAGAUCUCGCGCAGGUUGACCAGCUUGGCGGUGCUGAAGGACGGCCAGGCGCAGGGAGCGGAGCACCUAGCGCGACUGAAGGAGCUCAGCGAGGCCGUGGCUAACAGCACCGCGCCGAAGGGUCGAGAAGUUAUCAGUAGGGAAGUGGCUACCUUGGAGAACAACCUGCGCCAGUUCUUGAGCGAAAUCGAAUCCGUAGAAGAGCGACAAAAGACAGCGUUAGAGAGGUGGCAGAGCUUCGAGGAUCAGCUGGAGGCUCACACCAAGUGGUUCCGCUCGAUGGAAGCUGCGUUCCGGGAUCAACAGCUGCAGCCGACGCUGAAGGACAAAGAGGAACGACUGCGCGCAUUCAAGGAGAAGCGCGAGACGAUCGCACGGCAGGAGCGGAAGAUAGACGAGUUCGUGGAUAAGUCGCACGGAUUGCUGCACGCGAGUGGCAUCGAACGCAUCAAGCCGCUCAUCUCCCAAGUCAGCAACAGGUAUCAGCUGCUGCACGUGCUCAGUAAGGAAGUGAUAAACCGUUGCCAGAGCGUCGUGGACGACCACCGCGUUUACGAGGAGAAGCUGAGGGCCAUCGACGUUUGGCUAACCCCUCUCGAGCAGAACCUGGCUAUCCUGAGGAAGGAGGAGAUGGGCAGCGACCUUGAGGCGAGAAAUUCCCGCUUGCAGAUGUUGCUGGCCGAGAAAGAGCUGGCCGAUCAUCGCUUGGCCAGCUUGACGGCAGUUGGUGAGAAGAUUCUUCCGGACACCUCCGCUCAAGGUCGCGAAGUGAUCAGACACGAAUUACGGCAUGCUCGAGAAAGGUGGGAUCGUUUGGCCGAAGGCAUCACCGAGCAACAAAAGAAGCAGGACGCGCAAUCUUUGCAGUGGACCAGCUACCAAGAGACCCUGCAGCAGAUUCUGGCCUGGUUGGACACGAUGGAGCGCGCGGUCAAACAGGACUCGUCGACUGUGUGGUCUUCUUUGCAGGAGAUCCGAUCGAAACUAAUUAAACUGAAGACCUUGCAUCAAGAAAUUCUCGCUCACAAACGCAUCGUCGAAGGUAUCGCCGAGAAAGCCAACACUCUGGUUCAAGUCACUCAGGUUCCGUCGGACGUUCACGAGAAAGUCGCUUCGGUGUCGAAGAGAUACGAGAGGCUGGUGGACGUGUCCCAAAGAGGAAUAUCCAGCUUGGAGGGGUUGCUCGACAUCUUCCAACAGUUCCACGACCUUCAAAAGGCUUACCAGGACUAUCAGAAGCGCCAGUGGGAGCGCCUGGCGAAUUACAGCGAUUACACGGGCAACAAGGCCGCUCUUCAGGCCCGACUGGCUAAAGUCCUAGAGAUACAGGACAGCCAAAGCGAGGGUGAGUUGAAACUCAACGUCCUCGGCGAACACGUGGCGCAGAGCUCGCGCACUUUGCCACCUCGCUCGCAGGAAUCGAUGGAACGGGAUCUGACCAAUCUCAGAUUCGAGAACAAGAAGUUCGCGACAGCCGUGAGCGACGUGGUGCGUUGCAUCGAGGAGAGAAUACAGCAAUGGAGCGAGUACGAGAACUCGUUGGAACGUCUGCUCGCCUGGCUCACCGACGCCGAGACGUCGCUGAAGAACUACUCGCUGAAGAACACGCUCGAGGAGAAGCAGGAGCAACUCGAGAAAUAUCAAGACCUGCAAAAGGUUGCCGAAUCGCGGAACACGGACGUGACGGAACUGGUUGCGCUCGGUGACCAUCUCGAACAAUCGCUGAUCGUGAACCUGCGGCAAAACGAGGCCGAAUUCGACAAGAUGAGCGACGAUUCGUCCGAGCUGAUGCAGAUCAGCGGCGAGACCAGAUUCUCCGCCAGCGUCCAGCAAGUCACGUCGCGCUUCCAAUCGAUCCAGGCGACUGCCAAGGAACUCGUGAAGAAAUGCGAGCAGGCGGCCGUGGACCACGCGAGCUACUUGGAACGUUACAAGCAGUGCUCCGAGUGGCUGGCGAACGCGAGGGCGCGUUAUCAUGCCACCAAGGAGAGCACCAGCGGCACCCGUCAAGAGCUGAUCACGAACGUCGACACAUUGAAGGAACUGCUGGCACGUCAGUCUUCGUCCACGCUGCUGAUAAACAGCACCGUCGAAGCUGGCGAGCGACUGUACCCCACGACGGGCAUGGAGGGUCGAGAGAUCAUUCGUCAGCAACUGCUGGACCUGCAGCAGGCCUUCGAGGGCCUGUACGACGGCGUCGCAUCGACCGAGCGCGAGCUACAGGCGAAGAUCUCGCGGUGGUCCGGCUUCGACGAGUGCAGCGAGGCGUUCGAAGUCUGGCUGAACGCUGCGGAGGCGCAGUUGAAGCCCGAGAUCGAGCUGAAGACCACUCUGGACGAGAAGCGCGCCCAGCUGCAGAUCUACCGUACGAUCUUGCACGACGCUCAAGCGCACCAGCAGGACCUGCUGAAUCUCCGCGACAAAGCGGACAAUCUGCCCGACCGCACCGACAAGAUCGACCAGACGCUGAAGAGUCUCACGAGCAGGUACAACGUGGUGCUGAAGCGGGCGACCAAGUUCGUAGAGAGGUACGAGGGUAUCGUGAGCGACCAUCAGCAGUACAGCAAGGCCGUCCUGGACACGCACGAGUGGCUGGACGCCACGCACAACGCCGUGAGCCUCUGGGGCGACGUGGAACUGGAGAGAGUGUCCUUGCACACGAACCUUGACCGCCUGAAGAAUCUGCUGCACAGCCUGCCGGAGGACGAGUCGCGGGUACAGCAGAUCAGGUCCCUCGGCGAGAAGGUGAUACCCGGUACCUUGGAGUCGGGGCAGGUGAACAUACGCUCGCAGAUCGACUCGUCGCAGCAAGAAUGGGAGGGUCUGAUCUCCGCCGUCAAGUCCACCAUCGAGGCGUUGGAGAACAAGCUGCAACAGUGGAGCGAGUUCGAGAGCUCGAAGGAGAGAUGCCUGGCGUGGAUGAGGGACACCGACACGAAGCUACACGCCGUCGAUCUCAAGGCCAGCUUGCCGGAGAAGAAGAAUCAGCUGGAGAGACUGCGCGCUCUUCAGGGCGAGGUGCGCGCGAAGGAGCUGGAGAUCGACGCCGUGGCCGAGCGAGCUCAGCAGCUCCACAAGAACGUCACCUCCCGUACGUCCUACAUGUCCGAGCUGAGCAUCAAGUACCAGCAGAUCUCCAGCAAGGUCAAGGACCUGAAUAAUCGUUGGCACCAAUACGUCGCCACGCAUCAGGAAUUCGAUAACCAAUUGGCCGAGUGCACCACUUGGUUGGAGGACAUCGGGAAUAAGUUAGCAUAUUGCUCCGAUUUGAGCGCGUCCUCGCAGAAGGAUCUGGAGCAGAAGAUGGAUAUCGUACAGGACCUGUUGCUGUACAAAGAGGACGGUUUCGCGAAAGUUCAGAGCAUCAUCGAGCUGGCGCAGGCGGUUCUAGCGAAUACAGCUCCGGCCGGCCAUCGGACGAUCAACGACGCUUUGGCGAAGCUUCAGGAACAGUGGAGCGCGUUAGCGUCGAAGAUGCUGGAGACCAAGACGAACUUGGACGACUCGAUAAACAAGUGGGCCGGCUUGCUGGAGCAGAUACAGUCUGUCAAUAAGACGGUGGAGUACAUGCGGACGUCCAUCGACGAGAUCUCGCAGUUCCAGACGACCGUGUCGGAGAAGAGGAGCCAAUUGGAGCGGAUCAAAGCCCUGGAGGAGAAGGUCCGCUGCGAGAACAUCGAGGUGGACAAUCUCAAGUGCAAAGUCACCGAGAUGAUCGCCAGCGGUCAGCAGGGUCUGGCUGCCUCGCAGGCGCAGGACAUACUCAAUAGGUUCGAUGAGCUCUUCGAGAAGAUCAAGUCCUUGUUGGCCGAACGGGAAGAGCAGUAUAAGGAUCAUCGACUUUACAAGGAGGCUCACGACGAUCUCAUCGGCUGGCUCAGCCGUGCUCGCGAGAAGAUACCAUCCAUGAAGCAGAGGUCGCUCAGCGACAAGCUGGCCAUCGAGAACGCAGUGGUGCCUCUCGAGAGUCUGCUGAAUAAAAAGGCGCAGGGUGAACUGCUGGUGGAGCAUUUGCAGCAUACCGGAAAGGUCGUCUGCGCCAGCACCAGCCCCGCCGGGCAGGAAGUCAUCAGGAACGAGAUACGGGCGCUCACGGAGAGUUUUGAAGGACUGUUCAAAGAAAUCCAACAGCAGAAGAGUCAGCUGGAGGCCACUGUGAGCCAAUGGCGGGACUACAAGGACGAGUACGAGCGACUCAGCGACUGGCUGCAGCAAUUCGACAUUCUUAUCAAGGCGCAGAAAAAUGCCCUGUUGCCAAACUUGAAGGAGAAAGAGAAACAAGUGCAGGAAGUGAAGGAGUUGCUGGACAACCUCAUGAAAGGCCAGGAGCAGAUCGACAAGUUCAACAAGACCGCCGCCAGUCUGUUGUCCUCUCACUUGGACACUUACGUCAACAAUCAACUGCGACACUUGAACUCGCGCUAUCAAGUGCAAGUGAAUCUCGCGAAGGACGUGUUGAACAAGGUCGAGACUAACUUGGCCCAACACCAAGAAUACGAGGACAAUCUCGAGAGAGCUCGUGACUGGAUCAAGAAUGCCAAACAGAUCAUACGUCAAGGUACGGAGGCGGCCUCGAGCAGCAGUCGCGAGGAGUUGCAGAGCAGACUCGACAAGAUUCAAGAACUGCUGAGGAAACGCGAAGAAGGUCAGAACUUGGUGCACUUAACCGUGAACUGCGGCGAGAAGGUGAUGAGGAACACGCGAUCGGACGGUCGCGAGGAGAUCAACGCGCAGCUGAAGGAAAUCCAGAACGACUGGGAACGUCUGGUGAAGAAGAUCUCGACCACGAAGGUGCAUCUCGAAACGAGUCUGCUGCAGUGGGCGGAUUACAGCUCGUCGUAUUCGCAGCUGCAACAGUGGAUCAACGAUCGCGAGGCCAAGUUGCAGCAAGUAUGCGAGCAGAAGGUGUCGAAAGCUCGCAAGGGUCUGGUCGGACUCAGCUCCUUGGCGAUCGGCGAGAGGAAAGCGAACCUGCGACAGACGAACAGCAUCGUCCAGGACAUCGUGGCCUUCGAACCCAUGAUUCAGUCGGUCACCACCAAGGCUGAAGACUUGCAACAAGCAACUCCGGCCACGGAGAUCUCGAUCAAAUAUGAGACCUUGAGCAAGCAGGCUCAAGAGUUGUACGCGAAGCAGAAGGAGACUGUGGAGCAGCACCAGGCCUUCAUCGACAGCGGCAACGAGUUCAUCCAGUGGAUACGAGCGGCUAAGGAGAGGCUCGGCAAGUGCUCGGAGCCUACGGGGGACAAGGAGUCCUUGGCCAGUAAAAUCACGCAGCUGAAAGUUCUGCAGAGCGAAUUGCCGGAAGGCCAGAAGAAGCUGGAGAAGGCUCUGGAGCAAGGUAACGCCGCUUGUCAGAUCGCGGAUGCUGAGGACAAGGAGAUCAUCGAGGAAGAAGUAGCUUUGCUACAGGAAGAAUACGAUAACUACGUGGAUUCGUUGAAUAACACGAAGAGUUUGCUCGAAGUCGGCAUAGUGAAGUGGACCGAAUAUGAAGACCAAUUCUCCGACGCUACGGAAUGGCUUACGCAGACCGAGCAGAUGGUCCAAACUUUCAACAAAUUGCAAGACAGUCUGGAGGAGAAGAAGAACGUUCUCGAGCAGUUCCAGGUCCAUCUGCAGACGUUGUUCGACUGGCAGAAGGAACUGGACCGCUUGAACAUGAAAGCUCAGAUGCUGCUGGAGACAUGCGCCGACACGAGAAUUUCCAACGCCAUUACGCAGCUCACCACCAAGUACAACGCACUCUUGUCUCUCGCUAAGGAGAUAAUGCGGCGCUUGGAGUUACAUUACCAGGAACACCAACAGCACAAUACCUUGUACCAAGAGUGCCAGGACUGGAUCGAGCGGACGCGAGAUAAAUUGAGCGAAUGCAAGGACAUUCCUAGCACACUGACUGAGGUUAACAAUAAAUUGCACACGUGUAAAGCCAUUCGGCAGACGUUGGAGCAAGGCCAGAAUAAGUUGCGAUACGCUCUCGAAUUGAAAGAGAAGGUCAUCAUGAACACCGAGCAGAAUGGCGCGGCGAAAAUCCAAGAGGACACCGAGAACUUGAAGAGCGAGUUUGACAAGUUAUUAGCCGACGUCGAGGAUGUCAGACAGAAGCUGUCAGCGAGAGCGAGCACGUUGGAGGAGCUCAACAAGAUUCACCGACUUAUCUCGGACUGGUUGGAGGAAGUCGAGGGCAAGGUACAACCAGCGGACAUUUGCCGAAACGAUCUCAGCGAGAAACGCGCUCUCUUGGAGAAGUAUAAGAUCCUGCAGAGAGACAUUCACGGUCACGGUGAGACGGUGGACCGCUUGAAAACUCGUCUGAACGAAAACCCCAGCAUAUCGAAGAGCCCCUACGAAUCGACUAUUAACAAGUACGACACUUUGAGGAAGCUAAUCUCCGAAAAAAUUCGCAACUUGGAGGACCAAGUGACGGACCACGAAAGAUUCCAGCAAGCUCUGAACGAGGCGGCCGAUUGGGUACGUCGCACCAAGGUCGAGCUUCAGCAAUACAGCGACACCCACGGCGAGAAGGAACGCAUCAUCGAGCGAGAGAACAAAGUUAACCAGAUAAUCUCGUCCUUGCCGAAGGGCGACACGCUGAUCUCGAGGGUGAUCGAGCUGAGCGACGUGGUGAUCGCCAAAACGGGUCCCGAGGGCCAAGACGCCAUCAAACAGGACAUGAAACAGAUACAAGCCGACUGGAAGUCCUUGCAGGCUCAGUGCCAGGACUCGCAACGUAUCCUCGGCAAUUGCAUCUCCAGCUGGUCCCAGUUCACGAACGCCUUGGACGGCAUGAAGCGAUGGAUAGACCACUUCCAGAAAAAGAUCGCUGACGAGCAGACUAAGGAGAACAAGACUCCGGAGGACCUGGAACGUUGCAAACGCUUGGUGGAGGAGGCGGUCAAGCAGAAGCCGGUGUUGGAGGACUUGAACGACAAGUGCGAAGCUCUGCUGGAGAUCAGCGCCUGCAGCUGGGCGCGGGAUAAAACGGUGCAGCUGCAGUCGGCGUAUACGUCGCUCCUGACCGAUGCGCAGGGUCUGGUCUCGAAGGUCGAGAAGAACUUGUCGGACCACACCGAGUUUCUCAAAGCCAAGAAGGAGAUGGAGGAUUGGCUGCGCACAGCUCACGGCUCGGUGGAGGAUUGCAUCGGCGUGGGAGACGCGGUAUGGGCGAAGGAUAAGCUGGAAACUUUGAAGUUGGUCGCGACGCGCGUGACCGAGGGUCAACAUCUGCUGUCGACGCUGCAGAACGCCUUCGCGAAGGCGAUCAACAUAGCUCUACCGGAACAGCAGGAUCAGCUGCGCUCGGACAUGGCCAAUCUGCGUUCCAGCUGGGAACAGCUGAGCAUAGACCUCAAUACUGUCCAAGCCAAGGUGAAGUCCGUUCUGAGUCGUUGGGAGGAUCACGCGGAGGCUCAUGGUAAAUUCGCCAAGUGGCUGGAGGAGAACGAGAGCGUCAUGAGGAGCUCUCCAGAGACGAAGGGCGAGUUCGGCGAGAUGAAGACGAUGCUCGAGCGGUACAAGCACAUCCAGGAGGAGAUGCGAGACAAGAAGUCCGAUCUGGAUCAUUUGAUCGCAGAGGCGACCGAGCUGUCGGCGUGGGCGAAGAACAACGCGACGCUGAACGGGACGAAGCAGCUGCUGGUUCGGUGGCAGGCUUUAGGCGACCUUGUCGGUGAGAGGAAGAAGCUCGUCGAGAGCGAGAUACAGGAGUACAAUGCGUAUCACGCGGCACUGCAGGAGACGGAGAAGUGGCUGCUGCAGAUCUCCUUCCAGCUGAUGGCCCACAACUCUCUCUACAUCACCAACAAGGAGCAAACGCUCGAGCAGAUUAAGCAGCACGAAGCGCUGUUGGCUGAGAUCCAAAAGUACCAAGAGGUGCUGGACGAGUUGAAGGCGAAAGGUCACGGUCAAAUCGAUCGAUACGUCAGCGUGAAUCCCGCCAUUAGAUCAACCAUAGAAACGCAGCUGCAGAACGUACAGGACAGCUACAAUUCGCUACUGAACACCGCUCUGCAGAUCAAGAAUCGACUGGCCGAGUCCUUGGCCAAGUUUCAGGAAUACGAGAACACUCUGGAGAGCAUCAUGAAGAAUCUGGACACGUACGAGGCGGAAAUGAGUCAGAGCUUGGACGCGCCUCUGGAUAACUUGACCUCGGCUGAGCAGAGCCUCGAGAACGCCCGCACUCUGCACAACAAGUUGCAAGGCGAGAAAGCUCGUCUGGCUCUGGCGGUGGAGGCUUGCGAAGCUGCGGCGGCGUGCGUCUCCAGGCCUGGAAGUCCUCUCGACGCACCGCCCAUUCAAGUCCCCGCGAGAGAAGUUGAAGUUAGAACGAGACUCGACGAUCUCAUCGAUCAGAUGCAAACGCACUUGGCGAACGUGAUGAAGACAGUGGGCGAGCUCGAGGAACAAUUACGACAAAAGAACGCGCUUCGCGCUUGGAUUAAUCAGCAACGAGCGCUCUGCGCCGAAUGGAAGUCACGACCGGCGAAAUUACGGUCGGAGGCCGCCCAGGCCGAACUGCAAGCGAUGAACGAGCUGCUCGCCAACGUAGCCGAACGUCGCACCCGCGCACUCACGGAGCUGUCGAUAGACGAGGAGGACCGCGAUAUCGAAGAGGGACUGGAUAAGUUGGAGGCCGAGCUCAUCGACGCGAUCUCCGGCAAGCAAGCGGCGCAGGACCUCAUUCAGAAGUACAGGUCGCAGGUGCAGGAUAUACAGAGCUGGUUCGACAGCCUGUCGAAGAAGGUCGACGUGAUCGAGAAGGGCAGCGGGCUGACUAUCGGCCAGAAGAUCUCGAACCUCAAGGACAUCACAGCCGAGUACGAGUCGCAGGGUCCGGAGAAACUGGCCGAGAUCAAAAAACUCGGCGACCAGGUGAUGGACUCGGUCAGCAACUUGGACUCGCAGCAGAUCGAGGAGCAGAUCAAGUCGGUGGAAAGGCGGCACGCGGACAUCGGUAAGAAAUUGCAGAGGAAGGCGCAGGUUUUGGACAUGACGGCGCAGGGCAUCGAGGCGACCAGGCGGGAGAUCGAAGAGAAUCGCGAGUGGAUCGAGCAGAAGAAGCAACAGGUGAAGAUGCCGGAGCUGCUCGGAUAUGAGAGCAAGCAGGCGGAGGAGAGGCUGCUCGCUCUCAAGGCUAUGCUGAAGGAAGCCGACGGCAAGCAACUGAUCAUAGACACGCUCGAGAAGAGGGUCGGUAAUAUGCAGAACGAACUGGAGACCAGCGAGCAACAACAGCUGGAAGCCGACACGAGGGCGUUGCGCAGCGAGCAGGUCGAGUUGUGCGGCCUCUUAAGAGAAGAAAUCUCCACCGCGAGUGCGGCGGCUGAGGCGCGUCGCAAGCUGGAGGCCGAUAUCGAGCGGGCUCGAAACUGGAUCAGGGCUAAGGGCAACGACCUGAAGAAACUCAGCGGGUACUUGCCGUUGAGGGCCUCGAAGGUCGAGCAAGAUAUCGCGCAGCACAGCGGGCUGGAGGCGGAGAUCGACGCUUUCAACGAGAGCAAUCUCAAGGAUAUUCUCAAGCAAGGAAACAACUUGCUGAAGGAAUGCAACGCGGAGGGUCGCGCCAAACUGCAAGCUCUCCUGGAUGACUUGAGCAAGGAUUACGAGGAGUUGAAGAAAGAGGCGAAGGAGAAGCAAGCCUCGUUGGCGGAUCUUCUUCAGGGACGCAAGGCCUUCGAGAGUGAAUUGGACAAGUGUCAACGGUGGAUCAAAGAGGCUGAGGUGGCCACCUCUUCAGAGUUGAGACCUUCUAGUCUCGACAUCCUUCGCGAGCAACUGGCAAAGUACGACCGGCUGAAGAAAGAGGCGCAGGAAUACGGCGAUGAUAUCGAGAAGAUCAACCAGCAGGGUAAAUCGAUCUUGCCGACCGUGAGCGACGCGGACAAGCAAGAACUGAGCGAGCAACUGAGAAACAUGAAGGAGGCUCACGGACGCGUGGCCGGCGUGAUAAACGAGAGAGCGAUCGCGCUCCAGAAGAGCAUCGACGAAGCCGAGGAAGCUGCCGCUCGAGUGGCGGAGGCGAUUCAGUUCAUGUCGGACAUUCAGAAGGAACUUCAAGACCUGAACAAGCCGAUUGGUGCUCGCGUGGAGGAUGUGGAGGGGAUGCUGGCAGCUUACGAAAGGAUCCUCGGUGACCUCAAGGCCAACAAAGCGAAACUAUCCGAUUUGCAAUCUGCCAAUGUGGGCGACCUUCACGGUGUGUUAGCCCAACAGGAUGAUCUGAUAAGAGCUCUCGAGGCGCAGAUAGCGAAGCUCCGUCAACUAUUGUUACUGCGACAACAAUUUAUCGCGUUAAUCGCAGAGAUCACCAUCUUCAUCGCCAAAUACACCGAGAUCGUCAGGGAUAUCGAGAAGUCUGGGCAAACGACUGAGGACAAGAUCAAAAGGUACGACGAUGUUAUACUGAAGAUUCAGGAGUGCGAGGCGACUCUCGCCAGCGCGACCGACAAGGGCCAACAGAUAGCGGCGGAAGGUUCGGUCGUGGACAGGAACAACGUGACGGAGCAGCUGCAGUCGUUGAAGCAACAAUUGCAAGCCCUUCGACGAGCGGUGGAGACGCAAAGGGAGCAACACGAGCUGGCGGCGGCCGAGCACCGGAGGCUCGCUAAUGAACUGGCUGACAUUCUCGAUUGGCUCGAGAGUAAGGAGAAGGAAGUGAAGUCCAGGCCGCUCCUGGAGAGGGACCCGACCAGCGUCGAGGCGGAACUGAAGAAGCACCAUGCCUUGUGCGCCGACGUGAACGAGCAUCUCGACCGGAUCAGGAAACUGAAGGAAUCUGUGCGCCACGAGGAGGGUAUGCCUGGGUCCUUGAAGGAGAUGCUGAGCGAGGCGGUGUCCUUGCUGACGUCCUUGCCGCGGGAGAUGGAGGAGCGCGGAAAUUAUCUCGAGAGUAACAUGCAAAUGAGGCUGGAUUACGCCGCUCUUACCGACAAGCUGCACAGCUGGGCUCGCGAGGCUGAGAUUCGGCUCGAGAGUAACAAGGAGGGUCUCGACUUUGAGAACAUCCUCAGCGAUCUGGAAGAACACAAGAUCUACUUCAGCACUGAGCCAUCGAUUCGCGAGCUCGUGUCGCAGCAGAUUCAGCAAGCGGCCGACAAGAUCUGGCCGUCUUUAGAUAGUUAUGAGCAGGAGGAGCUGAGCGCCCAGCAGCAACAGCACACUCAGCUGCUGAAGAACACCCUCAACACGGCCAAAUCGCAACGUUCGCGUUUGGAACAGGGCGCGGAAAUGUGGAGGGAUUACACGCAGAGCCUGGAGCGCGUUCGCGCUGUCAUCAGCAGGACUAGAUUCACGGAUGAACCGGUCACCACGUUAGCCGGCUUGCAGUUCAACAUUCAGAAGAUCACGCACGCUCUCAACGACAUCCAGAACCAACAGUUCGAGUUGGAUCUUCUCAACGAACGUGGACGAGAGGUCCUCCGGCUGGCAGACGCCGGCAACAAGAAGGCGAUCGAAACGCAGCUCUCCGAGAUCAGCUCGGAAUGGCGCGAGUUGGUCUCGGGCUUGGAAGGACGCAGGGAUGCCUUGGAGGCGCUCUCGCGGCAUUGGGAAGAUUUCGAGGCGCAGUGGGCUCUCAUCGAGACGCGACUGAAUGCGAUCGAGGAGAAGAACAAGCUGAUCGACACAGUGGUGCGCUCGAAGCAGCACCUGCACGACACCGUGAAGGCACUGGAGGAACUCGUGACGGACGCUGAGAAGCUGAAACCUGCUACGGAGGAAGUGAAGAACUCGGCGGGACCUGUGCUCGCGUAUCUCGCAGCGUUCACGGAAGCGCCAGCGCGAGCUCUCGAGGAACGUCUCGAGAAGCUGCAGAAAUCCGCCGAAUCACUCGUCGACUCGCUUCGUGGCAAGUCCGAGAAGGCGAGCGAAGACUUGGAGGCGCUCGAGAACAUCGAGCGUGAGAUCGAGCGGCUGCGGAAGCGGCUGAACGAGGCGCGCGAGCGCGCCUCCGGUCUGUACGUGUUCGGGGUCGAUCAGGACGCGACCGAGGCGGAAUUGGGCGAGCUGCGCUCGCAGGUCGAGGACCUCGUCGACACCGCGAAGAACUUCUCAGGAGGCACUAAGGCGCGGUACCAAGCUAGCCAGCAGCUGGUGCCGAGUGACGUUGCCCAGCAUCUGACCGCGCUCGAGCUCUGUGCCGAAGCGACGGCACAGGCGAUGGAGGAGAAGCAGCGGGAGCAGAAGCGUGCCAGGACCACCAGGUCGGAUUACUUAGCCGACGUGGACGAGGUGCAGGCAUGGAUCCGCCAGGCGGAGCUCAAAGUGCAGGACAGGUCGGUGGAGCCGGCCGUCCUCAGGGAGCACCUCAGGCAGAUACAAAACGAACUGGGCACGAUUAGCGACAAGCUCGAACGACUCACGAGAAACGGACGAAUCAUCGUCGAGAAUACGAGGGACGACGCGGAGAAGGAGCUGAUCAACAAUACGAUCGGCAGUCUCAGCGAGCAGCUGGCGCAGGUGAGGAGCUGGCUGGAGGAGAAGAAACAGAUCGUGGGUGACACCAUGGACGCCUGGCAGAGGUUCCUCGCGCUCUACGACGCCGUGAAGGCGUGGACCGAGGAGAAGAGACAGUUCCUAGUCGAGCCACUGAAGCUCAGCACCCUCGUGCAAGCCAGGCAGAGACUGCACGAAUAUUCGACGGCGGUCAAGAGCUGCAAGCAGGUGAACAAGAAUCUCAGCGACAUGGGCAGAGAAUUGGAGAAUAUCGGUCAGGUGACCAGCGUGGGCAAUCUGCCGGAGAAACUGGCGGAGGCGGAAGAGGGCAAGGUUCAAGUGGAGGGUCAGCUGUUGGAAAGGAACGCGCUGCUGCAAGAGGCCAGCGAGGAAUGGGAGCAGUGCGAGAGGAAGAUGAAGGACGUGCGCAGCUGGAUGGAGAAGGCCAGGCAGACGUUGGAGUCGCCGCAGAACAAGAAGAAACCGCUGCGCGACCAGCACGCGAUCCGCGAGAAGAUGCUCAGCGAUAUCGCGAUCCAGAAGACCAAGAUCACCAUCUCGGUGGAGAAGCUCGAGGUGCACUUCAGGUCCGGCAUCGGUGGUGACAACCGGGUCAAAGAGACCGCCGACGACCUGAUCGCCGAGCUCAACGGCCUCCACAGCACCGUCAAAGAACAGACGGCUUCUCUGGAAGUUUGUUUAGCGCAGAUAGAUCAGUAUCAGCAGGAGAUUCAGCAGCUACGUCAACACAUCGUGCAGGUGGAGCAACAGCUGAGGACGGUGCUCAGCCCGACAUACCUGCCGAACGAUCGGGAGAAAGCUCUGCAAGAGCAACAGAACCUGCAGCAACGGAUGGAGGGUUGGAAGCAACGCAGCAAGAUCCUGGUGGAUCAGAUACACGCCGUGGACCCGUACUACGUGCCCAGCAACGAGUACCGGUUUAUCGGCCAGGCCUCGUACGCCGAUAUCGCAGCGGGCCGUACCAGCCCCAGCUCGAGAAACUGUAGCCCAUAUAGACAGCAACGGGACGCCACCCCGCCGGCCGCGGCCGCGGCGAUGACGCAGGUGCUGCGGCCCGCGAUCACGCGGGUGCAGAAGCUAACUGUGGAGUGCCCGUCGGGCGAGACGCAGCGGCGCGAAGUCGCGAAGACGCGAGCUCAGAGAGGCGACGCGAACCCGGACAAGCAGCCGAAGCCGCAGCCGCAGCCGCAGCGGCAGCCGCAGCCGCGCACCGAGGUGCACGUGCAGGAUCAGAGUGCGGGCGGUGCAGAGGACGUUCACCAAGACGUGCCCGAGGUCACCGUCGAGGUCGCCUUUCGUCGAGGACGGUCGCCUACGCGAAAGACAGGCUCACCGAGAACGAAGGAGCCGCUGACUCUUCAGCAGAGAGAGACCGACAAGUACGACAACCCUCGGGCCGAUGCGAGCCUCAGACAAGAGGCACGGGCGGAAGCGCCGGCGAAGAACACCCUGACGCCGCACGAGGAACGAGGAAGAGGUCGUUCGCCGAGUCCCAUGUGGGUGCCCGGCUCCACGUCUUACGCCGACAUCCUUCGCGGAUGCCUGCAGACGACGCAGCUGAACGUCGCGAGCGCCGCCGAGCCUCCCAGGCAAGAGAUGGUGCCCCUCAACGGGGAGUCACGACGUGGUCGUGGCGAGGUUCCUCGCGCGGAGGAGGUCCCCGUCCCCGAAGCGGACGUCGCCGAGAACGCGAUGGAGCCUCAAGGAGUCGGCGAGUCUGCUGAAGCGGCCGCAGCGGCGUCGACGCAGAAGAUGGAGAGCGUGCAGAUCGCGGAGGCGUAUUGCCAAGCAACAGAGAUCUCCGCGGAGAAGAUCGACGAGCAGGGAUACAGCAAGCCUGACAGCUCGGCCGACUGGACCGACAAGGCUCUGGAGGAUUACAACGUGCUGCAUCAGCAUGUGAAAGCUUACGAAGACGUGCCGCGGCAGCCGCCGCAGCCCGUGGAGAUCUACGACUACAUAAUACCGGAGCCGGAACUGGUCGGCUUCAUCGGCUCUCAGCUCGGGACGUAUUCGGUGAGUUCGUACGUUUACGCGCCGCCCGCCGGCCAUCAUCAUCAUCACCAUCACCACCAUCAUCACCACCAGCAGGUGCAGCAACAGCUCGAGCCGAUCCACUUGAAUCCCUACAACAACGGCUCUCUGGCCUACGCACCCGAGCAUUACGUCGCGCAGACCGCGUACCUUUCAGCGACGGAGAUUUAUCAGCAGACUCAGAUGCAGCAGCAGCAGCAGCAGCAGCAGCAGCAGCAGCAGCAGUGCCCUGCUGGUGACAUGAGGUGCGCGAGUACGAUGAUGAUGCAAAACGUGGAGAAGCCCGUUCAGAUGCAGGUGGCCAGGCAGCCGGAAGUCGCACUCGCGGCGGAAGCUGUCGACAAGUCGGACGAGCAGGAAGAGCCCGCGAGCGUUUCGGACGUAGCGGAAGCUCCCGCGACGAGCAAGUCGGAGGGCAAGGAUACGUCGACAUCGGUCGUCAACAACGAGACCAAAAGCCAGACUUUCUCGUACGCGCAAAUCCUGUCGCAGGGACUGAGUCCGCGUGUCACGCCGACGCGAGUCCUCCGCAAGUCCUCCGUUGCGGAGCAUCAGAACAAGGAACGCUCGUACUCGCCCAAGGAGUCGCUACCGUCUCGUGAAUUAUCGCCGUCACAGGAGAACAAGGUCCCCGGCAGAGAUUCGCAACAGCCGCACGCGAAGCUCGAGCAAGCCAGGCAAUCCAGGGAGAACGAUUGGGACACGAUGAAGAAACGGGAGGUGAGGAAAAAGCAACAGUCCGUGAAUGACAAGACCAAACAAGCGGACGAGAGAAAGUCGCAGAAAUCAGUCGACAAAUCGAAGGACAGACAGAAGAAGGAGAAGUCAAGUUCGCCGAAACAAGUCGCAGAAGCUCGCGACGAACCCGUGGCCGAGCGCGCCGUCGACGCUUCGGGCAGGAGGGAGGAAAAACCGGCGGAGAAAACGCAGGAUAAGCGAACGAUCGACUCGGUGGACACGAGCUCACCGCAGGAGAAGAAGCGCAGGCAGAAGAAGAAGAAGAUGGAUAAGUCGAGCGGCGACGAAAUUGACAAAGCGCUCAGAGAAAUCGAGGACAUGGAUAAGCAGAAGGCAAAGUCUCAGAAGGACAAGCCCAAGGAGCAGGGCAAAGAGCAGAACAAGCCUCGAGAAUCCGCCAACGAGACGCCAACGGACAAAUCGAAGGACGAGGCCGACAAGAAGCAGAGCAAAUCCGGCGAGAAGUCAAAGAAAUCCGGAAAAUCGAGAGAGCCGGCGAAAGCGAAAGAGAAUGUCCCAGUCAAGCAAGACGUAGUGCCCAGUCAGAUCAAAGAGACAGAUCAGAGUACUCUUAAAGAUAACAUCAAAGUUAAAGAGAGUAUCAACGAUACAGCGAGGGAUUUGAGCUCCAAAGACGAGAAGGAGGUCCGGAAAGGCGGUGCCAAAGAAGAGCCGAAAGAUCAAUCUCAUAUUGCCGGCGAUAUCUGUCUUAAUUCCAGCAAAGCUGACGCUAAAGCCAAGCACAAGGCUAAAACAAACAAGAAUACGAAAGAAGGUAGCGACGAAAGUAGGGGAAUUCCAGUUCGGCAAGAACCCUCGGGUGCUCUGAGCGAUAACGCGAAGGAGAAAAUUAACGACGAAAACGUCUUGACGGAGAUUACAAAAUCGUCGGAGAUUCAAAAAGCCGAGUUGAAAGAUACGAUUGAGAAGUCAAAUACGAUUAAGGCCGAGAGCACGACGAAACAGAAAGACGCGUCGAAGAAGGAGCAAUCGUCGAAGAAUAAAACAAAGUCGAGGGGACUGAAUGUUGAAGCCGAAUGCAAUAAUAAGAGUGAGGAGAAACUUGGAAACGGUGUUAAAGAGAAAAGUAAUUUUCCCGGAUUCAAUAAACUGUCGACUGGCACUGAAGUUCCGGAUAAGCCACAAGCGCUCGACGCAAAAGUCAUUGAGGUAAACGGAAAUGUGAAAGGCAAAGCGAAUUCUCGAAAGAAAGACAAGACCUCUAAAGGUAAAACCAAAAUCGAGCCUACGAUCGAUCUUGCGUCACCGAUGAUCUCGACGAGCGAAGUUCCGAGCGAAACAAAAGUCUUCGCGUGUUUGGAUAACGCGGAGAAACUGAUCGUUCCGAAAUCGGGGCAGAUAAUCGAGGAGAGUAAAAUUGUAGAAACGCCAGCAACGGCAAUCGAGAAGCCCGAUGUUGAAGAAGCGCCAAAAGAAAUCGUCCUGUCGUCUGAAAUAGUUCAGCAAACCGGAGAAACAAUACAAACCGAUACCACGAAUAAAAAUGAGAAAAUCGAUCGCGAUAAGAUCGAAAUUGAGAUUCGGGAAUCGAUCGAGAGCAAAGAACCGGAACGUGGUCAGGCGGAUGCUGAAUUAAAAACUGUCAUUAGUGACACAGGCGUUGAAAAAGUCGAGAAGCGGGAAACGGAGAAACGGCAGAUGAAAACGGGCAAACAAAAGAGAUCCGAUAAAACGAAGUCCGGUACGCAAGAUAAAAGUGAAGCAAAGAAAGAUGACGCGGAGAUCGCUCCGCCAGCCGUCGAGAGCGAAAACAAAUCUCUCGGAGAAGAGGAUAAAUCCAAGAUAGAAUCUCCAUCCAAAAGUCUAAUCGAGCCUACAGCGGAGACCUCCGUUGGACUCGCAGAGAAAACAGAUUUGGCUGAGGAAGACGGUAGCUGCCUUAUUCAAUCUAAAAUAGAUGCCAAAAGCAUCGACGAUGUUAAAGCGAGCGAGAAAGAAAUUACGACGAAUGUCGUUCAAGUCAACAACCAACGCGCGCCAGACACCCCGCCGAAGAGUAAGAAGAAAGGUAAGUCGAAGGACAAGUCGAAGGACGCCCAACAGGCGCGCAAUGCGAAAUCCGGUGAACCUAAAUCGAAGGAUGAAGUCGCAAUAGCGGAAUUGAAAACUGCGUCGCCAGUCACACCGAUAAAGGCAGAUGCGUCUCACGAGACCGCGCAGCUUGUCGAGGUGGUCGUUACACCGGACGAAAUCUCAACUUCGAUUGCGGGAGCAGAUUCGAUUGUUUCCACGACGCUUGAAAAUGUGAUCGGAGUCGUUUCUGUCGCAGAAACAUCGCUUGAAGUAUCCGAGACUUCUCCAAAGACGGACGACGCUGCUGCGAAAGCGGAAGAGAAAUGUGAAAUGAUUGAUAAAGGAAAAGUCGAUCGUCCUCUACAGGAAGCGAUUGUCCAGGGUGACAAGGAGACCAAGGCCGUCGAUACGAUCGUCGAAGACGAUCUCCCGAUCAGAGAAUCACAGCGUGCUGGAAAAUCGAAGGAUCCCGCAAAGAGCAAAGAGAAAACGCCGAAACACGCUAAGCCGAAGAAACUCGAAUUCACCGAGCGUGCAAUUGAACAGAAGAAGAAACACUCUUCUCGCGAGAAGAUGAUCGUCUUCAAAGACGAUUCAACGAAGGAGGAGGAAAUCCCGAGACCCGCAAUUGGCACGACAGACCAACGCGAUGUUGGGGGAGAGAAAUUGGACGAGAGCGAGCCAUCAGCUCCGCAAACUGAAAGUGCCACGUUCCAACAGACGCGAGAGCCAUCGGGGAAGAACGUAGCAGAGACAGAAGUCGCUCCCGAACUUUCGAGCGGUUCAGUCGAUGAGGCUGAAAUGUGCGAGAAACACGACGAUGACGUGGCGCGUAAAGACGGCAGUCCGCAGCCUUCCUCGACAGGGAAGGCUUUGAUCAUCGAGAAAAUGGUUACUACGGUAACCACCACCACCACCAGCGCGCCGGGAUCCGUGACCGUCAAACCGCCGGACGUGAAGUCCGUAAAGUCGGUGGAGAUCUUAGAAAACAUACCCUUACCCAAAAUCGUAGGCUCGAAAGUCACCGAGUUGAUCACUUUGCGUCCCGAGACCGUAGAGGCUAGUCUUACCACCACUUACGCUAGGGUACCGAGCGACGUGAGUCCCGUUAAUUUCGAUUCGCAUCCGAUGCAAACGGCUAAUUCGCAACAAGUAGGUCUAACUUCCCCCGCGGGCAUUUUCUCCGAGAGCAUCGUAACGUCCGACGAGUUGGCCUUGUUCGGUAGCGUGCAGGAUAGGAGGAGAACUCGUGCGGAAAUGUCGAAGGGUCGGGACAGCUCGGAGGGCUCACCGGUGACCGCCGUGCUCGAGGAGAGGAAGGAGGAGUCGGUAGUUCGCGUAGACGAUAGAACGGACGGUCAGGAGCCGCUGAUUUCGUCGAACGAAUUCGCGCCACAGAGAGAUCAGUCGUCGAAGGUGGAAGUUGCUGGCGAGAAGGCUCAUCAUACGAUGAGCGGAGCGACACCCGAUAGCGUUACUUUACGGAACGACAAUAUCGCGGAGACUCGGAGCAUCGACAAUCCCACGGAGGAGAGUAACGUCGCGUUAAGCGACGACAGAGUUAACGAGAGCAUGUCGAAAGUCCCGAUCUCGAAGAGGCAGGAACGGGCAGUGAUGGAUGAGCAGAAGAUCAACGUUGAAGUGACAGUUGAGUGCAGCCAGGACAAAACAACGGGAAAGGUGGAAGUGCCGACUGAAGCGAAAUGUGAAGUGAAACGAGAGGACGCACUCGAAAUGGCGAAGGCAGGGCAGCAGAAGCUGCCUGGGUACUUGCUGGAUCUCGUUAAGCCCUACGCCGUGGACCGUCACGCUUACAACCAAGCGGAGAGUAACUUUUAUCGUUACUUCAAAGUUGUCAAGACGAUCAAAGAGCCGCAGUCGCCCGCGCGCCCUGUCGUGCAGGCGAGACCGGAGAGCAUAGCGAGAAUUGUGCAAGAAUCGGUGAUGAAACCCGUCGAGCAACCGAGCCAAGAAGAGUCCGACGUUAGGAAGCAUACUCUUAUCAUGGAGGCGCCGAGGUAUCCCCUCGCCAGUUUUUACGAGUUCGAGUCGCACUGGGUGCGGGCUAAAUCCGUCGCUGGAAAGUCUUCAUCCGUCUCAUCCGAUGAUACCGAGAUGUCAGAAGACUCGUUGAUGGAAGAGACACCGCAAAUCGUUGAAGAGAAGGAAACGGCGAAUGCAGCGCUCGACCUUGAGGAAAGUUCAACUCUGAUCAAUGUGGAGGAACUUACAGUUCAGACAGAGGCGAGUGAAAAUUCAGAGAUGUCCACGCCUCAGGCUGCAACCAUCGCAGAGGCACCGUUACCGGACGAGGCAUUGGAUUCAGUGAUUAGCGAAGAUAAAGAUAAGAAGCUGACGGACGUAAGGCAGUCCGUACAUUUGCUUUCCGACGAUUCCUGGAUGAGUAUGCUGGACGAACCAAUGGUCAUCGACGACGAUUUCGACGACAUGCCUGAGCCGGGAAAAGUGACGAAGGUGGAAGCAACGAGUGAAAUGUUGACGGAUGUUUGCAUCAACAAACAAGAUGAGAAGGACGAAGAGGCGAUAAAAGAAAGACAAUCGCUCGGAGAUAUCUCCGAUGUUGAUGAGGAAGUUGCGCCCCGUGCCAAGUUAGUUGAAGAUGCAGUAUCACUUGGCACGACCGCUGACAAUGCAUCACCCGCAGAAACAGAUUCAAUUGCUGAAAAAAUCGACGAAACUUCAGAAGUAAACGUGUGUGUUAAAUCGCCCGAAGAAGAAAUUAGCGACGUUCAGUUGACAGUUGCUGAUGUAAGGGCAGACGCGAACGUUGUUGCGGAAGAUGACAAAGAUGAAAUCGGGAAGGAGAAGCCGGAAGCUAAAGCAGCGGCAACUGUGGGCCCAUUCAUACAUUUGGAGUCUGACGAUUCUUGGAUGGCUCUCUUGGAGGAAGAGAUAACAAUCGAUGACGACUUCGACACGCUGGAAGUGAAGGAGGUGGACAAAAUGGCAGAGAAAGAAGACAAAGAGACUGGAAAUGUGAGAAAGAUCGAACAGCAGGCGGAAGAGAUCGGAAAAGAAGAGGCGAAGAUCGAAGUUCUGAGUAAAGCGAUCCUAACGGAAAUCGCCGUGAAGGAUGAGUAUCUUGCCGGCAUAAAAGAUAUUCAAAGCGAGAUAUCCGUGGACACCGAGAAACAUAUCGACAGAGCGAGAAAUCAGCCGAAGAAGAAGAAGGAACCGAAGCAUGCGAAAGAGGCGAAAGCUAAAGAUCAGGCUAAGCCUGGAUCCAAGAAGCAGAAUGAGGCAAAAACUCAAGCAGCCGCUGUCGAGAGCGACUCACCGCCGGCGCCAUAUAACUUGGACGAAGUCGAGGUAAAAGCGACAGAUAUCGAGACGAAGGAAGUGGAGAAGCCGUUGGCAGUGAGCGGCCAGCAGAGCGAGGAAUUGAAACCUCCUUCGGAGGGGAGCGCAUCGAGACAAAAGGAGCCGAUUACGGUUGAAGAGAUUCACUCAGAGAGACCAUCGUCGAAACGUGAGGAGGCCAAGUCGAAAUCUGGCAAGAGAGGCAAAAAGCAAUGCGAGAAGUCCGAAGCCAUCCAAGAAAAAUUAGCCAAACGCGACGGUAGAAUGAACGACAAUGCUUCUCCGAAAGUCAAAGAGACGGAGUCAAGUGCGCCCGAGGUGUCGCCGGUCGUGCAGAAGCAACUGGACUCAAAGGAUGACGCGCCCAAGUACGACAGUCGACUGAAUCCCAAUGCCAAAUCGUGGGCGGCCGUGGUUGGCGCGAGUGGUGUCGGCGAAACGAUCGCAGUUCCCGAAGACGAUUCCUCGAGUGCUCAAACGUCCGUUGCCGCCGGUCAAGAUACAACUGACCCGAGUGAUACAAGUGCCCCAAGACUCGCCGAGCAGCCUGGACUAACCGCGCACGACUCGUGCGAAAUUUCAUCGGAGCCCGAAACAUGCGCGACUCCGGCGGAAAAACACACCGACGGACGAAACAUCGUCGAAGAAUCGAAAGUGGUAGCGGCGGAGGAACUUGCCAAGCCGGUCGCGGAAAAGUCCGCUGAAUCGCCGGAGCAGCUUAGAGAAGGAGGCAAGUCUUACGCGCAGGUCGCAGCCUCUUCCCGACGGGCUUCUCCGCAAGUUUCUCAAGAGCCUGAAGUACAUCUGAUUAAACCCGUUCCGCUAAAGCCCGAUCAUAAGGUGCUCGAUGUGACAGUCCCUGUUCUCGACGAAGUGUGCAGAUGUGAAAGUGCAGAUGUGGAGAUGUCGCAAAGUCCCUCGAAGCUGGAGAUUAUACCGAGGUUCGACGAGGUGACGGUGCAGCAAACUGCUGAUCGCGAGACGACCAUCGCGGAAUUCACUCCCCAAAGCGAAUCGGUUCCUUGGGUGGAGGAGAUGGAGGACGAGGUAUCGAUCGUUUCCCCUGACUCGCAAUCCGCUGUAGACUCGAGAGACGCUGAAGUUUCCGGCUCCAAGCCGGAGACAAGUACGUGGGCCGCGAUAGUUGGUAAAAAGUCCGUGGAAUCGCCUGUGGAAGUUAACAACGCUGCCAAUCUCGGCCAAGUCUGCAAACCGGACCAGACUGCCGAACUGCGACCUCCGACGCAUGUGCAGAUUUACGUGGAAGAAGCUCCCCAACAGGAGCUCCCCAUCGAGAAGUUGGUUCGAAUAGACGAGCAAGAUUUCAUAGAAUUCGUUAAUCGGAAGGAACUGCGCUCCAGACGUUCCAGGUCGCAUUCGCGAAACGACCGACGAGACGACGGGCAUGCAGUUGUAGAAAGCUCAGAUUCGAUUAAGGAUAAGGAGACCAAAGCUUCAGAUGCUCAAAGCGGCGAGGAUAUUACAGCCAAGGGUGAGGGGGUCGAGGAGGAGAAGCCUGCACGGGGACAGGAGGAUGAACAGAAGCAAGUGGACGAGCCGAUGAAAAUCGUUAAGCAGGCUGUUAGAGAAAUCGCCAAGCCGACCAAGAGCAGAGAUAAGGCGAAGCAGAAGAAAGACUCGGCCGAGCGCAAGAAGGACGAACGUAAAAGGGACAAGAGGCAGCCCGCGGAAACUAGCGAGGUACCGAGUGACGAGAGUAAAGUUGCUCAAGAAACGAAAUCAGAACAAGAUGAGACACCUAAAGGCAAGAAGGCUAAAUCCAAGAAGAGCAAGUCCGGCAAGGAUUCGAUGAAACAACAAUCUGAAAUUAAGGCGCAGAGGGAAUCAAAGAAUGUUGAGGAGACGGUAAAAGAGGAGGACACGAAACCUGCCGGUGAAACCGAAACGUCCGCAGAAAUUCAAUCGGAGAACAUCGUGGCUGAAAGUCAGGAGCUUAAAACUGUCGAGGAUCCAUCAAUUGAAGAAGCGCGAUUAAUUACAAGUACUGCGAUUGCGCAAGAGAUUAAGAACAAAGACGCAGAUGCAUUUCCAAUUACGGAGAAGAGCAGUACCGCGAAAUCGAAGAAGAAGUCGAAGAAAAAGGGUAAAGUGACGCCCGAGCAAACGAUUGAGAAUGCGUUUGCCACGGGAAAGAAGACGGUAGAUGAAAAUUUGGAGAAGAAAAUCGAAUCACCGGUGGAGCCAAAACUAGACGAAGUAAAAGUGAAAGAAGAGGUUACCAUGGACGUGGUGUGCGGCACACCUACGAGUCCAGAAAAUGAAGGGGUUUUAGCAGAGAAGAAACAAGAAAAUAUCGAGGAGCAAAUUAUCGAAAAGUUUGUAGAACAGGAAAGCAUUGAACAAAAGACGACGGUAGACAUACCUGAAAAUACAGAGGAACAUAAAGAAUCGCGCUUGGGAACUGUAGAAGAAAGCGUGGCGGAGCAAAAAGAAAUGCCCAAACUCACGAAAGCAGAGAAACGGAAGCAGAAGAAGAGAGCGAAAGCUUCAUCGCGAAACGAGACAACCGAGAAGAAAGAAAUCGAACCUGCCGAAGAGGACUUUGCUCCAAGUAAAUCUGUCGAUUCGUCUAGCGAGACAAACAUUGCUGAGCGAGUUAAAGGCGAGGAGAUAAUCAAGUUAACAGAUGGAACCGCAAAUACCGCGUCAACGGAAGCUAAAGUGGACGUUACGUCAGAAUUAAAGAAAGACGAAGAGAUGACAGCUGCAUUGCAGGCUGUGCAAACGGAGGAAUCGGAGAAAUCUACGGAGAAACCAGAAGUUAUGGGCGAAAAUGAAACGUCGCUUCCGCAAGUAACUCCGAUAGCCGAGAAACCAAAGCAAAAGGGCAAAUCCAAGUCGAAGAAAGGAAAACGACACGAACAGGACGAUAAAACAGCCAAGUCGAAUCAAGAUUUCACGAGUACACUCACGACGGAUUAUUAUAAGGAGACCGAAUCCUUGCCCGUUGCGGAACACGCUGAGAUUUCAAGCUUCUCUAAAAUCGCGGUGACACCCGACAGUCAGCAGAACGAAAGAGUAAACGUUGGAGAUGAAAAAUCAGACAUCGAGCCGAGCGAGAUGUCGCAACCUCCGGAGACCAAAAUCGACACAAACGAUUCGCCCGCGAUAGUAACGAGCCACGAAGACAUGAAAGAACCAGAACCUCUGGCACCUCCCACAGAGAAAGAAACAAACGUGGAAUCGGUGACGAUGAACGUUGAAGAAACCGUAUCUGCGGGUGAAGACAAAGUGGACAAAGCGGAGAAUCUCAGUCCAAAGGACGAAGUUUCCACACAGGCAGAGUCCUCGAGUGACCCGGCUGUCACUGUCAUAAAGCAUUCUCCACCGAUAGACAAACUAUCCUCCAUCGCACAGCGGUCCUUCGACAACGAAGAGAAGCGCGUCGCUGCGAGUCUUGAGCAAGAAGGUCCAGACUCCGACCUCCCGAGUGCAUCUCCCAAGUCCAAAGUGCAGUUCUACAUAGCGGACGAGAUCUUGAUCCUGAAACCCGAGAAACGCAAGGACACCGUCGCGCCGGUGGAGUCCCUCCUGCAGAAACGACCCGACGACUUUUGCAGCUCGCGGUUCCUCUCCAUCGACGGUGGCUUCUGGCCCGACAAACGACCCUAUCACGAAGCCGAGCGCGAUCACUUCGAGAACUUAGCUCUGCACACGAAAAAGAAUCUGUCGCGCGACUCCGACGACCGUCAUCGUCCGCGAGACCGCGACGGCGAUCGCGACAAUUCGGACGGCGGCGGCGGCGGCGGCGGUGGCGGUAGAUCGCGGGAUUCCUGCGACAAUUCGCGCUCCCUCCUGGGCGCGCCCCAGACGGAGCGUAUGGUGGCCGACUUGCCGGGUGGUAUUUGUAGCUGGAGCGAUUAUAGCACUUACCUGUCGAGCGAGAGCGAGCGGACGGUGGAUCCGGACGGGCCGGCGCUCGAGGAUCCAACGCUCGACUCGGGUCUAUCCUUGGAUUACUCGUCGCCGAGCGACCUUCAGUCACCUCGUGACCUCCUCCCGCCCCUCCUAGCUUCCUCCUCCAGCCACGACCAGCCGCAGACCGAGUCGCGCACGGAGUCACCCGUAGACGCUGAAGUAAGCCCGAGGGAAUGUCCUGCGGUCUCUUCUUCGAGUACCCUCCGAAGUCCCGAUCAUCCUAGCACUCGCACCUGGUCGUCGACCUACGCCCAUCUUCGUCCACAAUCCAAACUGCAUUUAGGUAGAGAUACGAGCGAGGAAUCCAUGCUAUGGUGCAGCCCGAACGGGGUGGCGGAAAGAGAGACGGCCGAAGGCGAGGCUGAAAGAAGGAUACGCAGGAUCCAGGCCACCGUCGAGGAAGGUCUCGCUUCUCUGCAAGCGAGACUCUCGAAUGUCGAGGGAACGAUGGGUUGCUUGCCUCAGGAUAGCGUAGAUGCUAUGCUGUUGUCUCUUAUGGCUAUACUGACGGAGCUCAACACCUACGACGAGGAAGCGACUCAGCUUCAAGGGCGAUUACGCGAGAUUCCUGCUGACGUCGAGUCUCAAAGGCUGUCGUCGGCUUUGACGGGGAUUCACACGCGAGUUAACGCCCUGCUCGAUCAAGCGGAACAGGGGAGAGCGGCUCUCGAGCAGGCGCGAGAAGGCCGGGAGAGACACGACCAGGAGGUGCAAACCUACAGAUUGUUCCUCGACGAGACGGACGCUUGGCUGAAGAGCGUCGCGUCGACGAUGCACGAGCAACACUCGUUCAACACCAACCAGGCUUUGCAGGAUGAAUUGACGAGCCGCGCGCGUCGAGUGUCAGAGCUCGAGUCGUUGGCGGAGGUAAGCGGACUGGCGACGACGCUGAAGGAAGCCCUCUUGGAUGUGCUUGGUCGUCUCCAGCAAAAGCAGCAGGAGAUUUACGACGAAGAGGCUCAGGCCGACGACGAGUCGACGGAAAGAGACAAUGCUACUCUAGACGAAGCGCCCUCAAUUCACUCUUCCUUGGAAGCCGGUCCGCCGUCCUUGGCUGACGUCUCCCUGCAGACAGGUCAAAGUUUACUGCUCGACGACGUAGUCGAGAAAAAGACGCAGCUCACGAAGCAGACGUCCACGACGCAGAUGCCGUCGACGACCACGUGUCACUCGUUGACGACGCAGACCACGCAAGCCCUGCUGCCGAGCGAGAGCGCUCAGACGCAGGAGGCCAUAAAAGUCCUGAAAACGACCACGGGCGAUCACGACGUGAUCGAGAUAGCGACCAAGUACGUGCCGCCGAGUUUCGCCCAGGAGGUGAGGACGCAGCGGGAGCAGUCGAGCGUUCUACCCGACGAAGACAUCGUCGUCGACAUGAAGUACCAGGACGCGAAGAAGGCCAACAGCGCGACGAGCGAGCUGAACAUCGUCCACGCUGCGCCGCAGUCCUUCGAGACAGUGUUAGUCGAGCCGGACGACGUCACCACCGAGGUGGUCGUCGACGCUGACGGCACCAAGAGGAUCAUCGUGAGGAAACUGCGACGCACCACAGUCACCAGCAGGCAGACUACUCAGCAACGCGUGUCCACGCUGUCGACGGCGCUCGGAGACGCGCCGCCGAUGAUGCAGGCUUUCUCAGAGGCCGCGAUGAGGGACCAGCAGGUCACCGUGACCAGGACCAGACCGGACGGCACCAUCGAGACCACGACGAGGCAGAUUUACGGCGGUAGGGUUACCACGGCGGCGCCUACCGAAGGCAUCAACGUGGAGGAGUACGAAUCCGAGCCUCAUUACACGCGCAUGGUGACGCAAGGUCAGAUCGGAGACAUCAGCUGUCAGCCGGUGGAAGAGGAGAUACUGAUGGAGGGCGGUGAGUACCAGACGAGCACGUCGAGCGUCCACGCCGUGGUGCAACAGGUCACCAGGCGGGUCAUCAAGAGGACGCGCAGGAUCAUUCGCAAGGUCACCAUAAUAGACGGCAAAGAGACCACUACGGAGGAAGUGAUCGAAGAACCUGAAGAGGUGGAGAUCGACGAGCAGGACAUACCUCACAUCAGCAUCAACGUGGUUAAGAGCGAAGAUCAGAAGACUAUAGAUCCGGGGGAGAGAUUGAUCGAGGGUACAACGAAGCAACAUGAAACAACAAGACCGAUGGAACCCUGCACUCCCGGUAGUCCGAUGCAGGGACCGUUCUUCGGGCCGUUCGCCAAGGACAUGGUGACCACGCCUCGAGAAGAAACCGAGGAGCCGGCGACGGAAACGUCGACGACGGUCGCGGCGAAAGACGACGACGUCGUCGCGGCAGUUGAAACUUCGAGUGUCGAGGUACGAAGGAAGAAAAGCGUAGAGCAGCAAGAACCUACGGCGGAAUUAACGGACUCGACGGCGGAGGCAGCAGAUUCCAAGAUAGAGGUACCGGAAUCUGCGAGAAGCCCGACAGAAGAAGCGCUUCCAUCGCCGAGAGGAAUAGACGAUAAGAGUGUAGCAUCGGAAGAAACGAAACGACCGACGGACAAGCAGGAAUUCGAUCAUUUCCUUAGCGAGGUAAACGGCUUAGGUAGAGUCACGGCGGUCGACAGCCAGGCGCUGAUCGAUGCUGAGCGGUCUGGCGUUUUGCAGACUCCUGCCGAGGACGUCUCAGUUAGCGCGACACAUGCGGAAUCUAUAAAAUCCCCAUUAGAGCCGGCGGUGACAGAUGAUGACGAACCGGUGGUCACCAAGGCUACUUGUAAGUCUGACGAUGCACCAGUAAAGAGCGAAACACCCAGUAUCGAGCUAGAGAAUGGCACGGUAGAAGUAGAAACGCACCACGACGGUAGCAGCACCAUAGAGGCUGGUAAAGAUGUCGAUGUAUUGACUGUCGUUGUAUUAGAGGAAAAGAUUGAGCGAAAGGACCAGCCGGGAAUAUCAGAGAAAGAGGUACCGAUCGAACCAUCCGCAAGCAAAGAGGAAGAUGACGACAUGAUGGUGGUGGCGUCGUCUCCAAAGUCGGAGCCACGAACCGAUGACGAACCGAUCGUGCCGCCAAGUGAAUCAGACACCGUGAAACCCGAUGAAUCCGUAGAAAGAAUUAUCUCAACAUCAAGAGACACGGUGACACUUGCCAAAGAACCGGAGAUCCCGUCGGGCUUGUUCGUGGAAGAGGAGGAGGAGGAGGAGGAGGAGGAGGAGGACGAUUCCAAGGACGAAGCGUUCAAACCGGAGUACAAACCGGUGUUCCACAAGGUUGAGAUAUCUCUAUCCGUGCGCAAGGACGACGAACAGGCGGAACCUUUGGUGUCCAUCAAGACUCGAGCAGAACGACCCGAGCUCGCUCCAUACCGCAUCGUCAAGGAAGACGUAGACAUCAGUCUUCCGGCGGACAAGAAAAAGACGGAGGUGAUUUACGAUAAAAUCGUGCAGACCAGCGCUUUUCUCACCGCUGAAAAGGAAACGGAGACCUUGCAACAACAGAUACCUACGGCUGAGAAGGAAACAGAGACCUUGCAGCAGCAAGUAUCUACGGCUGAGAAGGAGAUCGACGUUCGCGUCGAGUCGUCGGAGAAGAGCAAGUCGGACACCACCAGUCACAAGAGCAGGAAAAAGAAACGGCACAAGACCAAGCCGGCAGCCACGGAGAAGCUCACGGAAACGGAAUCCAGCCAGUCGAUCGCUACGUCGGUCGCCGAGUCUAUGGAGAUCAACAUCCCGUCGUCGGACUCGUCCAAGCAUGCCAGCGAGCAACCGCAGCCGGACGUCGCCGAGAUCAUCAAGUCCAUCACCGAAUCGUCCUUGAGCUUAGACGAUCAUGCCAUGCCGGAGGACAACGGCUACCAAGCGGACGACAAAACCAUGGAUGAAUUGUCCGUUGCGCUGGAAGACGAGGACGGAGCGAAGAAGAAGAGGAAGAGGAAGAAGAAACAGAAGCAGAAGGUACGAUUAACUCGAGACGAAGAGUCGACUCAGGUGCCCAAGUCCAGCAGCGACGACGCUGCGUUCACGGACGAUAGUCUUCCUCUGGAGGUUCCCAAGUUGGAAGAGAUGACCGAGGAGAAAAAGCCGCAGGAGGACCAUGUGAUAAAAGUGAUAAAAGAAGAUGUGAUCGAAACUUUGGAAGAGCACACGGCGAGAGAAGAAGGCGCAACGGAAGGAGAAGAAGACAAAGCAGAAGACGGAGCUGAAGAAGUCGAGACGAUGCCGCAGAAAGAGGCUAUUAUAGCGCACAAAGUUGCACUGGACGACGCGAAUACUCAAACCACAGUGGAGACGUGCGACGCAUCGACCGCGCUCACCCCGAAGGUAGACGAAGAGAGCAUCUCUACGUUCGCGCAAACGUCUCCCGAGCCGGUACCGCUGACACUCGAAGAGGAGGUUCAAACAGCCAAGACCGAGGAGACUCACGUCGAGACGCAGACGAUAUUAGAACCCGGCCUCGACUUUAGCGCGCAGAUGGCCGAGGAGACGCCGGAAGUUGAAGAUUCCGGCGUGCAGACUGCGACACCUACAGCGACGCUGAUGGAGGAGCUCGCGGUGCAAACCAGCCCGAUAGAAGACAGUUCGCCUGCCGCUGUCGUAAGAACAGAGAAGGAAGAUUCCCAAGCGCAAACGGUACAGAUCGACAUCCUCUCCACGGAAAUGCAGACCUCGCCCGUUGAGGUAGCCCCCAUGAUAGCGACCGAGACCCAAACGGCGAUAAACACCAUGAUGGAGGUGGAACAACAGACCACCCCGUCACCGGUGGAGGAGAAGAUCGCGCUGCUGGAAACCGCCAUUCAAACGUCGUCUCCGGAAGUGCCGGAGUCCCUGGAGAAGCACAUGCAGACGAGCGCCCCGUCGAGUCCGGAGCUGCCGGACGUCUCGCACAUGGAUACUCAGACGGUCGCAGCUCCAGAAGCAGCGCCAGCCGAGACGACGGAAACCCAGACGACGCCCGAGGUGAGCCCUCGGCAGGUGGAGCUGCAGGAGACCGAAAUGCAAACGAAAUCACCGGAACCGACUAUGGAGACGACGAUGCAGACGAGCCCGGUGAGUGUCAGCCCGGAACCUACGCGAGUAGUAGUGUGCGAGGAGUCCUCGAUGCAAACCAGCAUCGAGGAGGCGAGGCAGACUACAGAGGAGGAGUCGCAGACCAGCUCGCCGGAGAAGACUCAGACCCACGACAGUUCGGUGCAGAUUAAAACGAUGGAGCUGAUACCGCAUGUUGAAGAGAGCGUGCAGAAUAUCCCCGAGACGUGCGAGAUCAGCGCGCAGACGUCGCCGAAGGAAGAGAAACCAGCGGCGGAGACUGCGUCGGUGUCUCAGCAGACCGCACAGAUUACCACGCAUACCGUCGAGGUGUCUACCGAGGAUCUGAAGGCAGAGACAGGCGAAGCAGCGGAUGCCCAGGAAGUGGCCGUUGCGAUGGAGCCGAUUAUCUCGGAGGUGGAAGAGGAGCAGGAGGAGGAAGUGCCGCCGUCUGCGGAAUUAUUAGAAACUCCAGCAGCACCUGAUGUACAAGUACCAGAAAACGCGAGGUCCCUCGAGGAGGUGAAGGAGACAGAGGUUGCGGCUGAUGAGCCGGAACCGGUCCAGCCGGUAGACGUUGUUCCCACGAGCGUUCCGGAAAGCACCGUAGAAACAGAAGCGCCCAUCGAGAGAGAGACGAGAGAUCGACUUGCUGAGUUACCCGCAGCGAGGGAGAGUCCAAGGCCAUUGGAGACUGAUGCGAGGGCGAAGGGAUCUACGACGCCUUCGACCUCGGAGAAGGACACUACUCCAGACACUUCGUUCGAGAUCCACGUUCAGGCAACCAUAGAGCUGUCCGCCAGCGACACGCUCGACAGCGUAGCGUCUGGCAGCAAAGAGUCAUCUGACACUUCCCGGGAGACCACGGUGACCGAAGAUUUCAGUAAUGACGCAGCUGCAGCUGCUGCUGCUGCUGCUGAGCAAGACAGCAAGGCAGCGAAGCGUCAAAGAAGGAAGAGAAAGCACAAGACCAUGGAGAUCAGUCUACCGAGCAAGUCCGAGCUCGAGUCCAUAUUCGGGCAACCGCAAAUCGAGUCGCAAGAUAUUGCCUUGAAGCUCUCCUACAGUGACGUCGCCAAGAAGAACACCGGCAGGCAAAGGUCCCCGGUAGGAGACGUCUUGGACGACAUUCUAGAUGACGUGGUAUCCGAACACGUCCCUCAGACGAUACCUCAGUACCCUGAGCCAGACUUGAAGUCGGAGGGUACCGCGUUGAGAACUGUGAUAGAGAGCGCGAAGUACGCGGAUGAGAAGGGCAUUCAAGGUGUAGCAGAUGUCUCAACUACCUCGAAAACAGUACCUACAUCGACGAUCGAUCGAUUCGCGAUCGACUCGAGUCGCAACAUUCCAGAAGCAACAGCAGUACCUGAAGUGCGAAUGCCUUUCAUACUCGGCAAACUGACGAUGGAGCCGCUGCUGAUGCCGUUGGAGCAACAGAAGUUGUCCGAGCAAUCGGCGGCACUCGCGCAAUCGUCGCCCGAGCCAAUGGACACCACCGAGGAACCGUUGACGCCCGUGGAAGUGGAGCAACCUAUCCUGAGUAAGGACCAACGGACAGAGAUCAAGACCUAUGCUAAAGUGAUAUCCGAGUCGCACAAGAAAUCCGCGCCACCGGCCUCGACUGGCGCCGGAAAAUACGACGAGAAGGAGCCGCAGCUGUGGAAAGAACCCGCCACCUUACCGUCGCCUCACACCUUGUCCGCGACCUUCCUCCUGAAGGAAUCCCUGGAAUACGGCGUGAAGCCGCAGCACCAGGCUGCGCAAACGAUGCAGGCCACCAGACUGAUCAGCGAUCGGGUGAAGAGUCUGCAGAAUACCAACGAGUCCAGUCACCUGGGCAAUAUCCUGCACAUCGCGCACCUGGAAGAGGUCACUACGGACAGGCUCGCGGAGGAACGCUCGUCGGACGUCCGCAGGGAACUGGCGCAACUGAGGAACGCCGUUCAGGAGAACGACGUGGUGGUGGUCGAGGAAACGCUCGUCACCGUCGUCGAGACCAUCUCGACCUGGCUGGAGACCAUCGAGUACCGCAUCUUCUUGAACAGAAAGUGCCCGGCCGGGCCUUCGCACGAGGAUGCCAAGACAUUCGUCGAGCUGAAGGAUGAGGUGAAUCACGUGGAGGAGAGUAUCCGUGAGCUCGACGACAUCUGGAAACAAGUGGAGCCGGCCUAUCCGGAGGAAGAGCGGGAGAGACUGCAGGAAUGCGUGGAUGCUCUCGAGCAUCAGGUGAAGAUCAUCGAGCAUGUCACCGCCGACGGGGAGAAGUACGCGAGCAGCCAAUUCGCGAGGUGGGACGAAUUCUUGAACGGUGUGAACAACGUGUACAGAUUGGUCGAAGAACAACGGACGCUGCUCGACCACAUAAUCGAGAGCGAAUGUUCCACGCAGUGGAAGCUGCGGGAGCUCGACAAGUUGGAGAACACGAAUCGCUGUCACAUGUGGCAGACGAGCAAGCUACUGGGCGCCGCUCGUGAAUUGCUUCGGGAUCAUCCCGGCAAGAUCAUACCCGAGGAAACGUACGCCGUGCACGAAAUGACAAAGAUCAUCGAGCACGGUGUGUGCGUCGAACGGGAGCGUCUUCUCCAGCUGCUCGCCUUAGCCGAGGAGUACGAGCAGACGCUUCAGGAAUUCGCGCAGAUCACCGAGAUCGCGGAGAACCUGCUGGACAGCCCGAUCUCUGUGGUGAGUCUGGAGCACCUUCAGGAGGAGAUGCAGAAGCACAGGAAGUUCUUCGUCAACCUGAAUCACUGUCGCGCGAUCCUCGAGUCGCUGGAGGGCAAUCUGGACCCGGAAACGAGAGCCAAGCACUCCAGUCUGCACGAGGAGCUGCACGGCAGAGCGACGGCAUUGCUCGAUCAGGCGGCUUCAAGGGCGCAACAAAUGGCGUUGGCCGCGUCGCGCUGGAUGCUCCUGGAGCAGGGCGUGAAGGAGGAGAGAGGCUGGCUCCAGGUUGCGCAUCAACGCGUUCCCGAUCUCCAGACUGUCACGUCGAUCGACUACGACCAGUACAUCUCCCUCUAUCAGUCCCUGUCGUCGGACGUAGCGACUCACCAUGCGCGAUUGAUUCAACUGCUCGACGUGGCGCGAGGUCUUCGCGACCUCGUCGACAUUGAAGACCCCGAGGACCGAUACGGCGAGGCUCUGGAUGUGAUAGUGAAGCUACAGGAGGACAUCGAAGCCUCUCUCAGGAGACUACUCGCUUUCAAGGACAAUUGGAAUCAUCAGGAGGCGCUGACGGAUCGGCUGGAGCAGUGGAUGACUUCGGCCGAGAAGGAGCUUGCCGUGUUGCGCGACCCAUCGGGGAGCUCCAUGCGUCAGUUUUGGGAAUUGAAGGCGCAGUACGAGGUGCACAACAACAUGCGCAACGAGGCGUACAACUACUUCGAGCAAGCUCUACGAGUGAUCCCCUUGGCGGACGAGAUGCUGCAGCGGCAAUUCCGCGGCGAGUUGCAGAAGCGUUGGAAGGACGUCAGCGAGAAGAUCAGCGAGAUCCAGGAGGACGUGACCCGCAGCAUCUCGUCGGAGGAGAUCUCGUCAAACGAGAAGCUGAAGCUGCUCGAGAGGGAACUGAACGAGCUGCGGGUGACGAUCAACAGUUUCCACGGGGUGCUGAAGACGGAGGAGGAGCUCGACCUGUACGUCGAGAGGCUCACCGUGCUGUUCGACAGGAUCUUCCUGAUCCAGGACGAGAUCGGUCGGCUGGGCCUCCUGCCAGCGGCGGAGAGCGAGAGGGUCGGGAUCCUGCUGUCGUCGGCGCGCUGCAUAGAGGGUCUCAUCAGCGAGGAGCUGGACUCGGCGCAGUUGCUCCGGGAGAGGAUUCAGUGUCUCCAACGCGGACUGAAUCGCUUCAGGAAGGCUCACAAGAGACUGUCGACUAUCCUGGACCAAUGCGAAGGGAGCGAGAAGCAAGGGAGCGAGCUGGUGGCAGCGGCCGUGGACCGCUGUCAGUCGGUCGCGGACGAGCUGGCGGUUCUCUGGCAGGACCUCAUGGCGUUGAGGCAAACCCUGCACAACUUGCCGACGGGCAUGAGGGUGACGGUGUCGCCGGUGGGCAUCGAAAGGGACCUCUCCAACGUGCAGGACACGCACACCGAGCUAGAGUCGAGGUGCGCUCGCCUGCUCUCGUUGCUGCACAGCAAACUGGCGUUGUGGCGGCGUUUCGAGAGGCAGCUGGAGAUGGUGCAGCAGUCCGUCCAAGAGGCGGACUACAUGAUGGAGCUGUUGACCGUCCAGGGCUCCGUCGAUUACGACAGACUGCUGAAGGCUACCGAGCGGCUCGAGGGUCUGAGCGGCGAUUUGGGCGCCCGGGAAGUUCUCAUUGGCGAGCUACGUGCCGCCGCCGAGCCUUUGCGGGAGAGUUGCGCCGCAGAGGUCCGCGAGAAGGUCGACGCGGCGGUAAAUGAGGCUGUACAGGCUUGGGAGGACACAAGGGCCGAAUUGGACGCCCUUUGCACCCGCUAUCAGCGCGCGUGCAACCUCUGGCAGCAGUACAGGGACUCGAGCGCCGCGGUGAAAGCCUGGGUGGACACCCAGAUGAACAGCGUGGUGAACCUGCCGCCGGAGGAAGCAGUCAAGCAGAUCAAGGUUUGCGAGGAGACCCUGGCGGAGCACAAGGAGAGACUGGCGGAACUGCGCGGUCUGGUAGCACAGAUCGCAUCGGACGUGGGUCUGGACGCCGGUGGACCGCUGCACUGCGAAGUCGAGGCGCUCGGUCAACGACUCGAAGAUGUCCGCGAAACCUUGUCGACCCUCGCGGACACGGUGGACGCGCGUGUCCUCAACCAGGAACUCGCACGCGGCGAUCUCUGCCAGACGAAAAAUUUCCUGGACUCGGUCCAACAGAGUCUCACAGCGGUGGGUCAAGGUGAGUCGAACGAGCAGCUGACGAUACUGCGGAAUCAUCUCCUGGCGCUCACGCGGACCGAGCCGCAGCUCCAGUCCAUCAAGGAUCGCGCCCUGGACGUGGCCGUGCAAGAGCCCUCCGUGGUCGAGGUGGUGCAACUGUGGCAGCGCGUGUUCCAGGAGACCUUCCAGCAAUACCACCGGCUGUCGACGCGACUGAUACGCUCGCAGGACGUGGCCGCCGCGCUCAAGCUCUGGGAGGAGUACCUGACGCACGUGCGGGACUUCUUGUCGAGCGGCGUGCCCGGCGACUACAACGGACUGUCGGAGUACCGGAACAUCUGCGAGGUGCACCGGAAGCUCCUGCCGGAGCAGCAGAAUCUCAUAUUGACCGUGCGGCAAGAGGAGGACCGUGACCGAUCGGUCGCCGAGCAGUUUAACGCCCUGACGAAUCUGCACAAUGAGACGCUCGCGAGGAUACUGGAGCGGCACACAACGGUGCGCGACAGGAUCUCCGCCUGGGACAAGUACAGGCAAGACCAGGGCAGGCUGUUGACGUGGCUGAAGGAGGUCGAGAGGGAGCGGCAGCGCAUGCACUUGCAGUUUAUUCAUCUGAAACGGCUGGACAAGAUCCUGCAGAGGAUCCAAGCGCUGCUGGACAAACUACCGUCCGGCGAGGCGCAGGUGGGCUCGCUUCAGGAGCAGCAGGAGUACCUGCUGACCGACUGCGACGAGGCGCUGGCUGUCUCGAUACGCAUGGAGCACGCGGCCAGCGUGCAGCGUAUCGCCAAUUUGCGAGCCGGCCUGGAGACCUGGCGGGACUUCGUCCAGAGGGUGCAGAAACUGCACGCGCAGCACGUCGAGCAAUCCGGCCUGGUCACCGCGACCUUCCGCGAGAUUGGCCAAGCGCUCAGCUCGGCCUUCCACGCGGGCCCGACGAGUCUGUCCAGGACGAAGGAGCAGCUGGAGUCGCUUCAGCACCUGAGAACUCGUCUGGCCGAGGGGCAACGUAACCUCGAGUCCCUCGGCGUCGUCACCGAGCAGCUGAGGGAAUGCUUGAGUCCGAGCGACAUGAAGACGCUGAAUCAGCACGACGCGCUUCUGUCGCAGCAGCACGGCGACCUUGAGUAUCAGCUGGCGCUGUUGGCCUACAGGCUUGGCGAGCGCUACGGUCUUCAUGGCCGGUGGGAGAGCAGGUUGAGCAAGUUCCUGCAGUGGGUGGAAGAUACCGGGACGAGAAUGCGAGGUUACGACACCAUGGCGUUGGACGAGCCCGAGGAGGCGUUGAAACGACUCGACUGCGAGCUGCAGACCGAGAUGAACUUGAAGCAGCGCGAACUCGAAUGGCUGCAGAACACCGGGCAGGAGCUGAUAGAGGCCGCUGAAGAGGCGGAGAAGGCGAAGCUGCAGCAGUCCUUGGACGAGGUGAACGCAAAGUGGGAUCUCUUGAUGUCAGGCAGCAAGGCGAGGGCCAGCAAGUUGGUCGACCUGAUACACACCAUGAACUCGUUGCUGAAGAGAAUAGCCGACUUGCGCACUUGGCUGGCGGGCAUCGAGAGCCAGCUGUCGGAGACCUUCAUCAUCGAGAAACUCACGCAGAGGUGCAUCGAUAAGAAGCUCGAGGAUCACGAGCAUCUCAAGACCACCAUCGAAGCCGAGACCGCCAAUAUCGGCCAGGUGUUGAAUCUGUGCGAAAUCCUGCUGAACGACUGCGACACGUGGAAGGUCUCCUUCAACAUGGACGCGAUCAAGAACGGAAUGGAGGGUUUGGAGAAGAGAUGGAAGACCGUGUGCGUCAAGUCCACCGAGCGCAAGAGGAAGAUCAUGAUGACCUGGAAGAUGCUGCAGGAGCUGGACAAGACCAGGUGCGAACACGAACCUUGGCUAACCAAAACGGAAAAGUCUUUGUCGGGCCUGGAAGCGGAUUUACUCGAGGUUUCCAAGGAUGAGUCGGAGAAGAUGAUCGAGAGGGCCAAGUCGAUGGCUAAGGACAUCGAGGCGCGCCAGAAGGCCUUGAAGGUCCUUGAGCAGGUGUUCGGACGCUUAGCAAAAUCUGGGUUAGAGCCCGACAACUUCCGCUCGCUCACCCACGAGGCGCGGAAGACCAUCGACAGGUGGUUGGCCCUCGAGACGAGGAUCAAGGCUGUCAUCACGUGCCUCCGACGGGAACAGAAGACUUAUCGAGAAUUCGUGUCGGCGCACGGCGCCGCAGUGGUGGGUCUCACGCAGGUGGAUGUCCGUCUCACGCAGAUGCAACAUCUAGCCACACCCGAGCAGAGAUCGUCCUCGCGACGAAGACGCCAGCAGCUGAGCGAGAUCGAAGAGGAACUCAACACGCAGAACGUCACCCUGCGCAAGGCGGACGAACUGGCGCUGCGUGUCAUGCAGGAGAGCAACGCCGACGACGUGGCGGCGGUCCAAGAGCUGGUGGACGAGUAUCAGCUGCUGUGGAGGGACAUCAAGGCGCGGGUAGCCGCGUUGAAGGCGGAGUUGGAGACGCAGGAGAAGUCGGAGGUCGACGAGGCGGUGCAGGUGGAGACCCUGAAGUUCGAGCAAGACACCGCUGUGCAGGUGGACACCUUGCCGAGGCUCGUCAGAAUGACUUCGUGCGACGCUUACCUCAUGGAACUGGAGGCCGCCUUGAACGAGUGCAGCAACGCCUUGGACGCUCUGGAGGCGGCGAUAACGCCCGACCCUGUCUCCGGUCCCGGAUUAAACGCUGCCGCCAAGACUAUCGCCAAACUAAUCGGAAGUUGCCAGUCGUCGAUAGAACUGGUACGUCAUCUCCAUAGUCUACUCAUGGAAGACGACAAAUUGAGUUUAGGAGCUGCCAAGAGUAGCGAGGUAACGACACUAAUUGCUCGAUACGACACACUCAUUGCACUAGCGAGAGCACGUGAACAGCAAAUCAGAGAGCUCAGAUCGCCCAUCACCGACGCUUACGCUUUCCCAUGCGACCACGAUAGCGGCAGACUGACCUGCCCACUGUGCUCCCGUCGCAACUGGGCCCAGCUGGACAAUGACCUCUGGCGUUUGGACAAGUGGCUGGAGUUCGCCGAGGGCACGCAAAGCGAGCAGCACUCGCCGCCGGGCGACAUCGAGCAGCUGGAGGACGUGAUCCAGGAUCACCGCGAAUUCCUGCUCGACCUCGACAGUCACAAGAGCAUCGUGGUGAGCCUCAACAUAGUCGGCGCCCACCUGGCCGACCACACCGAGGACACGGAGCGCGCGAAGGAGCUGCGCGAUCGAUUGGCCGUGGCGAACGGCAGAUGGGAGAAGAUCUGUACAGCUGCCGCACAAUGGCAGGGACAGCUGCAGGUCGCCCUUAUGACGAAUCACCAGUUCUAUCGUAUCAUAGAGGAGCUGUUGGCCUGGCUCGAGCGCACGGAGAUCAGCAUACGAGCGAGCGAGCCGAUCGACCUGACCGAGUCCGCCGACGUCAUAGAGGCGAAAUAUAACAAGUUCAGGGAACUGCGAAGCGACCUGGAACGUUGCGAACCGCGAGUGAUAUCGCUGCAAGAAUCGGCCAACCAACUCCUGGACGAACAGACGGAGAGCAGAGCGCGUCUGCAGGAACUGCGGCUGCGGUUGCAGUCCUUGAGACGACUCACCGGGAUCUAUGCUCUGAAAUUAGGAGCGGCUCUCGGACUGGACCCGCGGGAUGUCGGUCUCGCCGCUGCGACGUCGUCGCUCGCAUCAUUGUCACACGACCUGCUCGACGAAGCUGCCUCUGGGACUGCUCAGCCUCACGCCACCGGCACAGAUGGUGACGAAAGGGACCGAACGGUGUUGGCGCGCGGGUACCGUUUCCUCGGGAGAGUCCUGCGGGUCUCCCUGCCGAUCCAAGCGCUGAUGUUGCUCCUGCUCGGCGUCGCGUCGCUGGUACCGUCCGCAGAGGAAGACUACAGCUGUAUGCUGUCUAACAACCUGGCGAGGAGCUUCACCCCGUUAGCCUUUUAUCCGAACGGACCGCCACCGGUAUAGCAGUGAACACGCAGCCGACGCAGUUCUUGUUUCUUCGCCCAGAGAUUCGAUCUUUCCUUCGGAAUCGAUCUUCGCGGGAACAUCGAGGGGGCGAGCUCACAUCGGUGUAACAUACGAAAUGACGGAAGAAUCGUAUCGCGAUCAAUUCGCGUUCAGCCUCAUUCUCCCUGCGGGCACGUAUGUGUGUGUGCGUGUGUGUGUGAGUACGUGCGUGCAAGCGCACACAUAAAAAAUUCGUACUGCCUCCGCCGAGCUCGCGUCCCGUCGGUGUUCCCGUUCCGGCCGCAGCGCGCAUCUCGCAGGAAUCUUUAUAUAUUAUACGGUAGUUUUACACACGACGAAUUUCUACGUAAAUCAUGUAACGGACCAAACGGUGACUGAGAAUAUGUUGCCGGGAGGAGACGAGGACGCAUUGUUAAUUUAUUGUAAUACACACGUAUCGCUGCGUACCCGUACAGCGCGCAUUCUCGAGUAUUCUCAGUUACUCGCGGUAUGAGAAUUGUAUUUCGACGAAGUGUUCGUUGCAAGAGGAGAACUACGACGACGAUAACAACAACAACGACAACAACAAUAACUAUCCACCGGGGUGAUCGCAGGACGUACCGCACACGAACACGACCGAAACACAAAGAGACGAUUGAUUAUAUACAUAUAUAUAUACCUUAUCAUAGCCAAUGACGUUCCACGAUGUUGAGCAGCGACACUCAAGACAUUGCGCGACCUCGCGCGUCACUCAGUAUCGCGCCUCGCGGUUCAUCGCUUUCUGUUGUACAAAGAAUUGAUUUUCGCUUCGGACGGCGAAAACCCAACGUGUGCAAAUGUCGUGCGCACACGCGCGACAUAUAUAUGAGAUAAAUUAAAAGGAAAAAGAAAAGAGAAAGAGAAAAUACAAGAGAAACUUUUCAGACACGCCCGCAACAUAUAAUGGGACACACAUGUGUUUAUAUAUAUGUGUGUGUGUGUGUGUGCGUUGAGUGUGCGUUGAACCUCGUAUUUAACGCGGCGUUCCUACACCGUAUGCAACAUUCGUGAUAGAGGAUUGACAUAAGAAAUAUAUAUAUAUAUACUUGCCUAACUUUAUUUUUUAUACAUUAUGUUUAUAUAUACAUAUAUAAAUAUAUAUAAAAGCGUCGCGUCAAAUAUCAGUUCUCUCGGGAGGUUUCUCUCGGGAGUGGGAGUGUCCGGCUCCGCCACGACACGUUCUCUCUCGAUACUUGAUGUAACAUCGGCGGGAUGAGUAUAAAAAUGGUGCUAAUUCGGAGCGCAACGUCUUCUACGGGGCGGGAAAGGAACGACCUUGAGAAGUGGAGCAUCGAUCUGUUGCAAUCGUUUUGCCUGUUGCAUUAAUAUUCCAUGAAUAAAGUUAAGGGGAAAGGUUGUACGACGACUGCGUGUGUGUGUGUGAGUGAUCUGUUCUGCGUAAGUAUAAAAAGGAGAGAAAAGAAAGUAACAAUAAUCACGGGGAUAUAUGAUGAACCGACGACAACGCACAGCGAAGUGGGGGCGCGCGCGCGUGCAUUAUAAUUCAUCCUGUAAAGAUUAACUGAUCUUGUAACGCUCACUAGUUACGCUUUCGAGAUUGAGUUCCCUGCUUACUGCACACUGUGCUUCGUUAUGUAUUUUUAUAAAGAGAGAGCUUCAGAAAGGUGGUGUAUAUCUAUCGGUAUAAUAUAUUAUUAUGAACGUAA